AAUUCAGUUACGUUCGGAUAUCGGUAAAUGCCGCAACGGUUGUUAGCGUGACGUUCGCCAUCGCUGUCGUCGUCACAAUCGUUCGUCGCUCGCGUGUCGUUCAGUGAUUAUUCAAUUGGUUUCGUUCGUGAAUUUUUUUUUUUGGCCCAACAUAUUUUGCUCACCAUAUUUUCACAUUUUUUUCCCCCGUCUCGUGUCUUAUACAUUUCUACUCGGACUACGGGGGAAAAAAAAAAACACGUAAAUUUAAUUUUCAACAUAUAUAUAUAUACACACAGCAGCCGUCCACGUUUUUGCAAAUCGUCACAUUAUCUUCGCAGUAUAUUUCUAUACGUAAGUUACUCGAAUUAUUGUUGUUUUUUUUUUUUUUUUUAAAUUAUUUAUUACUAUUUAGUAACUCAAAUUAUUUUUAAUCUAUAGUUUAGUCUAAAUAAUAAAUUCAGAAUAGGGGCUAUUAACCAUACUGGGGGCUAAACUCUCCAAGUCAUCUUCACUGUUGCCUAUGUGGCAACAGUGAAACCUUUGUAAAAUAUUUAAAAAAAAAAUCAAAUAGUUAUUAAGUUUUGAAAUUGAAUUUCGUACAUAAUUCGGAAUUUACGUACCUAUUAAGAAAACCAUAUUACUAUAGUAUUCAGUUAGCAACAAAAAAUUAACUUCUACGAAAUUCACAGUCAUAAUGUUUUGAAUGGUUAGACAAUAUUUGUUUAUAUUUUUCUCUGUAGACCGGAUAUCACGAUAAAAAAGAAAUAAAAUAAAAAUAUUAUUUUAUACAUUUAACCUCCUUUCCCUGAAUAUUAUGACGUAACAUAGUCUGUAAGAACAAGAUAAACUCGUGGACGGUCUCGUAGUCAAAAAUAGUGGGUAGGGGGAGUUUAACUUAGAGUAGCUCUAUUUUACGUUACACCCAACGUUUAUGUGAAAAAAAAACAACUAAUCGGUAAAAGAACAAACUCUUAAUAAUUAUUUUUUUUUUUUUUUAGUUUUAGUGGAAAUAAGGAAACUCCCCAGCUCCAAUGCAUACGUAUAUUAUUUGUAUUCUAUUUAUUUUCAAUCCAUAACGAAAUUUUAUAUUAUAUGUCCUUCUGGGAGGUCUCUUAAGCCGUUUUUGGAAGUGUGUAAUUAUUUAUUUGUUUUUUUUUCUGUAUUUUCCCAUCCCGUCCUCUCCAUCGAACUCUCCGUAUCCACGCGAAAAGUCAACUCCAGCUCCCGGGAGCGCUACCGGUUAUUACAGUCGGUUUUAAUUAUAACGAGUGGUUGUAAAUACGCGAAUUUCAAUCUAAUAUUAUAUUAUAUUAACGGUUAGUAAGUACACCGAUUUACAAAGUUCCAUAAAAUAUACGGCAGCGCGGCGAGUCACUGAUAUAUUACUAUAAUUAUAAACGGGUGAUAAUACUAUUAUUUAUAUUGUAUUUUAUUAUUUAUUUGUAAUUUUAUAUCCCGAUAUGCAACGGAUCGAGUAAACGAAAUUGACGAUUUAACGCGCAUAAAUUAUCGAUGUGACGGUAAUAUAACAAUACAUUCACCGGGCAGUACGGAUUUUUGAUAAAAUUUGGUUUUUAAACCAUAAUACCUAUAUUUAUAUUUAGUGAUUUAUUUCGAUUCGAAAAUUGCUAUCGUUCCGAAACAUACGCAUUUCACAUGUACAAUAAAACACUCUUUAAAAAAAAAAAAAACGAUCCGUCUGGCACGCAUUAUAAUGUUAUAGUCCAGGUGGUAGAUAGUUUAGUUGUAUAUGACAGUCAUGGGAUCGAUCUUGAGUAACAGACUACCGGCUACCAAAUCUCCCAGUAGGCCGUGGUAAUAAUGAGUUAGUCAAGCGUGACAUUGAUGGCACCACCAUCACAUUCCACCGUUGCUCUUUAUCAUAUAGAAUAUACGUAGAUAUUACAUAAAUAAGGAUCAUAUUAUCUAUGUACGUAUUCUCAUGAAAUAACACUUAAUCUUUAAUCACAGCAUCAUUCCAUCUUUUCCUGAAUCCGAUAUAUAACGGCAUCUUAUUACUAAUAACAUUAAACACGAAAAUUUUAGACUUUCUUAUCUGUUUAACCAAAUUGAACGUACAAUAACAUAUAAAAACUUGUAGAAUAUCAUCAUAUUGUCAUUUAUAUGUGUUGUGUAUCAUUAUAUUAUGUUUUAUUUUCCAGUAAGUAUUAAUAAUUUUAAAUUUGAUCACGUUUUCAAAAAAUACGACUUCAUGAUAUUAAAUAAUAAAACACACUACAUUAUACUUAAUAAUAGUUGUUAAAGUUUUCCGGAGUCAUCGAAAUCUUUCUAUGGACAAUUUUUCAUUCAUUUCUCAUAUUUGAAAUUCAAAAAUAUAAGACACAUAUGUAAAUAUAUUACUAAGUUACUAUUAAAAUCGAUUAGUAGGUAUGUAUUAUCGCAUUGAUAUUUGUGGAGCAUAUUUAAAACUAAAAAAAUAAUACAAAAUAUCUAAUACCACUGAUGGGUGUAGCACUGUUGUAGGUGGAGGAGGUUGAGAAGGUAAGAUACAUACAGUUAUUCAAUUUAUAUCUAUACGUGCCGGUAAACCAUUAUGACUAGCCCGAAAUUGGCAUAAUGUUUUAAAAAUUGUAUCACUUUUAUAAAACGUAAAUAAACAUAAGUAAAAAAUUAUGAAAAUUUCAGCUAUCAAUGAUUAUUUUUUAGGAAUGAUAAUUUACACUUGUUAUAAUAAUAUGUUAUUUUAACCGGUAAAACAAAAAGAUAAAUAUUUUAUGUAGAACAGUGCUGUUAUAACUGAGAGUUAUUAAUUAAAAAUUUAAAAAUCGUUAAUAAAUAAUAUUUGCUAUAUGGAUUGUUGUUUUAGAACACUUCGAUAAUGUUGCUGUACUAUUAUAAUAUAAUAAUAUUAAUUUUGUGGGAAAAAACGUAUAAUUUCAAGAUUUUAUAAUUUUAUAAAAACACGGAUUUUUUUAAUUUUUUUUUUUAUGAGAAAUAAUGACUUAAUAGAAAAAUCACAAGACAUCUUUAUUGUUGCCUUUUUGAUUUAUUUUCUUAUGGUAUCAUCAUCAAAACUUUUGAGCCACUUUUGAGUUUUUAAGGAAUUUUAAUUUUUGGGAGUUUUUUAAUGUAAUCCCGUUAUAAAUAUACGCAGAGACUUAAAACUUAGUAAUAAUACUUAAAUAAGAUUUAUCUAGACCUGAUAAAAUUUCCAAAAUCGUUGGACGAAUUUUUUUGUUUAAUAAUUGAAAUCAAAUUUAAACGAAAAUCGCAAAUAAAUUACAGCAUUUAAAAUUAUGUAUUACCGAACUGCGCUCGGAAUCGUCUUUCGUUAAGCAAUGGUUUAUCGUUGCUUACAGAUAUAAAUGAAAUAACCUUGUGUAUUUUACUAUCCCAACUUCUCACCUACAACAGUGGCUUCACCCGUCCCCAGUAUCAGCUUUUUUUUUUGGAAGUAACAUUAUAUUAUGCGUUAUAGUUUUUCAAAAUUAUUAUUUUUUUUUAAAGUUUUAUCUUUUAUAUUUGUAAUUAAAAUAUUUAUUCAUACAGGCAUAUUGUAAUGCCAUCAAAGUUAUUACAAUUUAUUUUGUUCUCUCAUAUGAGUAUAAGUAAAAUAAUUAAUUUUAAUCCCGAAAUUAAAUUUUCUACGUUGAUUUGUGUACUUAGGUUCAUCGCAUACUAUACCUGUUUUAAUGAAAAAAUAAAUGUCAAUAUAAGAGUAUAUAUUCAAAGGACUUCCUGGUAUUUUAUUUAUAAUACAUGUGCAUUUUAAUUUAUAGUUUUAAAGCACAAAAUAUUAUAAUUAUGCCUACCUCAUUUAUUUAUUAUUAUUGUUUUUUUUUGAUGUUAAAAACAAAAAUACCUUUGUACUAAUAUAAAUCACCGUGUUUUAGUUUCGAUCUCAGAAUUCCGUAAAUUAUAAUUGAUUUGGUUCAAGGGUCCAUAUCAUAUUAAUUUUAUUCUGAGAAAAAAAAGGUGUACUUAGUUCUUUGUGAAAUUAAGAUUAUUAAAGAUUUUUCUUAGUAAUUUUAUUGAACGUGUGUGUAAAUGACGCAAAUUGCUUUUGAUUUUAGAGAUUAUAUUUUAAAUAAUAAAAAUAUAAAUAUAUAGGCUAGGUUUAAGCCCUCUUUAGUAUAAAUGGACAGAUGGUAAAAUAAAAAAAAAAUAAAAUUUUUGUUAAAAUAAUGAAGUUUACAAAAAAAACGUGAAUAACAAUAGCAACUAAUUUAUUUAUUUUAAAUAUUUAUCUUCUUCGUCAGCAAUAAUCGACAAAUUGAUGAAUGAUACGAAAAAUGGCAUGCACUAUUUUUUUUUUUUAAUUUAUGGUUUUAGCUUACGAUUUUAUCUAUCAUGCUUUUUCUUUAGACUAUCUCAAUGGGAUGAGCUUUUUUAAUUGAAAAUUCUCCAGUAUUCUUCGUCAUGUUGAAUGCAUAAAAAAUUAACCCAUCAAUGAAAGGGCUUGCCUUUAACACAACUGGAGACGCACUGUUUUAGGUAAAGUAAUGAAAGCUGCUGAUGUCAAAGUAUAUCUUAUCUUCUUUUUUAGCAUUCUUUCGAUUUUUUCGACAAAUAUAGGAUUUCUCCUAAGUGUAGCCGCUAUCUCUCCAAAUCUAGAAUUUCAUUAGUCUCCGCCAAUUUCACUACUACAAUGUAAACGAAGGAAAUUCGUAUACAAAAAGGAACCUUCGUCAAGAAAUAAUGCCGUUUUUUUUACAAAUCAGAAAAUCAAAAAGCCGUUUUCUAGCCUAGAGAAUAUUUCAAAAAGUUAUUUUUUUCAAUAAAACGUUAAAUCUACCUCUAACGCUUAAUAUCCUCGAUUAACUUAUUUUUGUCAGAAAUGGAGUUAAGAUAUGAACCAAAUCAAUUAUAGUAACAUAGAUUUUUGAUUUAUCGAAUUUCCGUCUUGUUUUAUCGAUAUACUUACUAAUGCAGCUUGAAAUAUUUCUAUUCUACUCGGUUCAUUAAAUUUUUCUUUUAUCUAUUUUUAAAAUUUUGUUUAGUUCACUAGAAGUUUGGUGUGGUGUACUUAUAUUUGUACGUUUCAUUUAAAAGCCAUUAAUAACUAAAAAACCUAAUAAAAAAAUAAAUAAGUUAACAAAACACAGUAAGCUUUUAAAUAUUCAUUAUGAUUGUUUGUGAUGAAAUAUAAACGGUUUUAACUAUAGUAUAAUUUUCAUAUUAUCAAGUAAUUCAUGUAAUUUUGACAUAAUCAUAGGAUUACGAGUGACAUGAAAUUUAAAAGAAAUGUAAAUUUGUAUUUAUUAUUAUUCUGUGAGCUGUAUUUUUUUUAAUAAAAUUAAAUUCGCUCGUUCUUUUUCUAAAAUACAGUUCGAAACCUAGAAUUUCAAUGCAUUAUGUGUAUUUAAAGGGUAAGCGACACAGUAUUGAAUUUUUGUGAAUAAGGGUGAUACAAAUCAAAAUAUGUCGAGAACCAUUGUUAUAAACAAAUAUUUCAUGAUUGGUAAAACAAUACAAUUCGCUCUUUUUGUGUUUGGCUGCCAAGCUUCAGAUUUACUCAUAGAGUCGGCUGUCUAUGAUUGUUUUAAAUAUCUGUGGCUACUAUAAAACUUUUGUAGUGACUGUUUUUAAUAAUCAUGAAGAGCUAAUAAUAUAAUAUAUUAAUUUAAAUAUUCAAACGUUUCAAACUAAUCAAAUUUUAUUUCAAUGUUUUUUCCUUAUAAAAAUAAGUACUGUUUGAUUUUUUAGCAAUAAUAUUAUUAUUCAGUUAAAAGUAUUCAGACAAUAUAAAUAUGCAUUAAUAUACAUUAGCAAUAAUUCAAAUAAUAUUUAUUAUUAGAUGGUGUUUAUUCAAAAAUGUUUAUUCAAUAUCAACUCUGGACAUAUUGUAAUGGAAUUUUACUUAGUAGCUAUAAUAUUUAAAUGUUUUGUUUUUCCUUUUUUAAUGGUUAAAUAUUAUGUUAUAAUAUAAUGAGUUAUCAAUCAAUAUUAUUUGAUAUUGCCAUUUAUACAUAUUUUUUUUUUUUUUUUUUUUUGAUUGUUUGUUUAAAGAUGUAAAAUUUAUAAAAAAACAAAUAUAAAAUUAUUUAAAUGGCGAUUGACUAUUGAAAAAACAAAAGUGAAAAAAUAUAAAUUAUAUAAUAUAGAGUAACAAUAUUAAAAAUACUAUAUUAUAAUAUUAUGCCAUAUUUUUUUUUUCUGACUGUACAACCACAAAGUCCAUUUUGGCAGAAAAGACAUCACACCUUUAUAAUUAUAAAUACCUAAUAGAUUUUAGUAAAUUGUUAUACUGUUCUGUUUAAAAUAAACUCUCAAUACGUUUUAAUCUAAUUAUGGUAAUUUAGCCACGCCUGUAUACUGACUACAUUCAUACUAUUUAGUGUUUACUUACUUGUUAAAUAACAAUAAAAAAGAUACCAAAAAUAAACAAUUUGAAGUAUUUUCACUGGAAAAAAAAAAUGUUUUCUGAGGAAAAGAAGGAUUCAGACCGUAAACUAUUAAGAAUUUCAAAAAAUAUGUAAAGUCAAGUAUUGCCGAGCAAAAUUUUCACAUUAUUUGAAGUAGGUAUUGCCUAUAAAAAACGGAACAAACAAUAAAGAUAAUUUAUUUAUAAUUUUAAAAUAUUAUAAUAUUAUUAUAGAGAUUAUUCUAAUUAUUAUUUGAUGAAUAUUAAUAAUAUGGAAUUGUAUAUCCAAUAAGUAGGAAAAUUCGUAUGGUAAAUUAAAAUAGCUAAAGCAAACAACAUGAUAUUCAAAUCAAUUACUAAAUUUAGUUAAUUUACUACAUACAUAUUUGUACAUUAAUAAAAACCAAACUGAAUAUAUAAGAACCAAACAAAUUGAAUAUAAUUCUGAGUUUAUUAUCAAUAAACAAAUAUUAUGUUCAUUCUUCUAAUAACAUUUAUGCCUGUUAAAUUAAAGGAAAUUCAGAUUUUACCCGUAAGACAAUAACAGGAUUAAUUACAGAAUCGUGACACCAAAAUUAUAUAUUAUACAACAUUAUGUUUCGAUUAACGGAAGUACAACAAUCACUUUGUCGUGAAAAUUAUUGUUUUAACUAUAUUAUAAGUAACACGGAAAACAAUAGUAUAGCUGUUAAUUAGGGCUGUGAAUUUUAAUUGCAAAAAAUGCAAUUAAAUAUGCACCUAAAAUGCAAAAAAUGCACUACAAUUUUAAAAAUUGUAAAAUGCACUUAAAAUGGUUUUUAAUUCAAUUUUUAUAUUUAUAUUGAUAUAAGUAUACUAUAUACAUAUAAAUUUAUUUACUUAGUAAAAUAAAUUAUAAAAAUGUUGAUUAAAUUUAAAUUUUGACUGGUUCGUGACUGAAAAUUCAUGACUGAUAUACUGAUAGGCCAAAAAUAACUUAUCUAGCAAUUGCCUAAUUUUAUCGAAUUAUUAUCUUUACCUAACCCGUAUACAGCUUGUGUAAAAUAUUUUAUAAAAUAUAAAUUUGACGUAUAUACAGCCUAUGAAAAACAAAAAAAAUGUUUUCAAAGAUUAACGGGAUUUGAUUAAAAUUACCAAAAAUGAACUAAAAAGGAAAAUAUGAUCUAAAAAGACAAACAAAUGAUCUAAAAAAUUAAAAACGUUUAGAAAUGCAAAAUAAAAGUUUCGUGAAUGGUUUUGUUGUUCCAUAGUUCAAAUUAUAUAUUAACAGAUCUACGUUCCACAAUCACCAAAAAAAAAAAAAAAAAUGCAGUUUCCUACAAAUUCACAGCCCUAUUGAUAACAUUUUAUUUUGUUUAGAUUCUAUGAUCUUAGUUUUACUAAGAUGUGUUUUUUCUCGAAAAGCAUGUUUUUAGUUAGUUAUUUUUUUACUUUGUGCAUUAAAAUUUACGAAUUAUAUUCAUUGGGGUCACUAAAGACAUUUAAAUUAAAAACAAAACUAAAAAUUCUAUUUUUAUACGGUCAAAAAAAAUAAUAAAGGUGAAAUCAAUAGUGAUUUUAAUGGUGUUCUUUGAGGAUAUUUUAUUUUAGAAGGUUAAUUACGUACCUACUGUGUUUUAAUGUGCUUUCAUAUUUUCAUGUAUGCAAAUUGAGGUAAAAUGAGUUAAUUUUUUAUUUGGGAUAUAAAUUCGAAUUAAUAAAUUAAAAAAUUGCGUUACAUGAGUUAGGUAACUACCUAAAUUAAUCAUACAUUCGAAUUACUUCCAUUUUUAAUCAAAUAUUUCCUUCGGUAUCUAUUAGUCUACCUACUCGAAAAUACAUGUAUCAAAGAUUGUUUUAAAUAAUAUAAAUGUAGUUGGCUAUUCGCUCACAGUAAUAAAUAUGCCUACCCUAAUAAUAUAAUGAUGAAGGUUUUUAGCCUUGUAGGCACUACGAAGAAUUAUUAGGUAUUGUAGUAUGAUAGUAUACUACGAUAAUAUCGUAGGUGGAUACAUAAUUACAAUAUUUGAAUUAUGUAAGUAAAUUUAAAACCCUAUAUAAAAAACAAUGGAUCGUCUGUUAUUUGGUGGAUACAUAAUAAUCAAAUACACAUUUUUGAAAAAAAGAAAAACAUUGAAAUUCUUAGAAAUACUGUUUUUGUUUUCACUUUACUAAUGCUCAUUGAAUAUACUUGAAAAUUGCAAUUAAUAAGAACAAAAAUCAGAAUUAAGAUCUUAAGGCUCUUGUUAGGCCAAUUGUACUUUAAGUUUAUAGAGCAAGAGCGUUCAUCUAGUCUGACGUAAUCAAAUUAAUAAUAUACAAAAAGGAGAUUUUGUUAACAAUAUUUGGAUCAAAUAGAAAUGUCCGAAGGCGGCUAUAAAAUAAAGCAAAACCGAGUACUUAUUACUUUAUUUAAUCAUUUCAAAAUAGUGGACACAUUUAUGAGUCAGAGAUUUAGGUGAGCUGAACAUGUAUGAAGCCAAAAACCAACUAAUAAAAAAAUGGAGACAUAAUACAAUUAUUUGACCGAUGGGAAGGCCUAGACAACGAUGGGUGAAAAUUGUAGAAGAUCUUCAAUAUGUAAAAGGUAAAGAAAGAUUGUGGAAUCAGCAAUGUACCUAAAUGACCUUAAUUAAACAAAAAAUAAAUAAACAAAUACUUGAAACUAUGGAUUUUAAUACUAAUGAUUCCUGCAUUUGUUGUAAUUCUCAAUAGAUGGCAACUGAAUUAUUACUAAUUUAACCCAGCAUUGCUCACAUGUGAGAAUUUCCCACACGUAAUAUUUCACAAGUUUAGAAUCACUGGCUUACUCUAAAUUAUAUUUUAUCCGAAUUCUAUUUAAACUAUCUAAAAUUAGAUUUCGAGAAACGGGCAUAUUAUAUAGUUCCGAUUAGGAUAAAUAUAGUGUAAGUAAUACCUAAUAUUAUGACAUGGUAUAUUCGAGUCACGUUAUGAUUAAGUCAUAGUUAAUAAUUUUCUAGGAUAAAAGAAGUAGUGUUUUUUGCGUAUCAUUUAUCAAUGUACACCUAUUAAUAAAAUUAUGUGUUUAUUUGCUUGUGCAUGAUCCACAGUCCAAUAUUUCGUCUGCGGGUAACUGGAAAUUUACACGGAAUGUGUUUGUGUGCAUCUUGAACCCUGACUUCUAAAAUUCUUCUCCUAAAGAAUAAAAGCUAGUUAACAUAGAGUUUUUGGUAUUUUUGGUAAGCAAAUUGUAUUAUUUGUUUAAAAUAGAAAAUUUAAAAACAAAAAGUAUUAUUUAUUUUAUUUUUGAUUUAUGAGUUGCCCUAUUGGUGAUACAAAUAUCAUUAUAUCCAUAGUUUUUAAAACGGGAUGACGGAAAUACACGUUUCAUUUAAUUUGUUUCAAUUUUUAAAAGCAUUCGUUAAAAAUUCUGCUUUUAAACUGGUUUAAAAGAGGGAAUUCAAUUGUCAUGAGUAACCUCAGGCUAGACAAAUAACAUAUAAUAUUAUAACUUGUAAGUAUUAAAUUAAAAAUACACGUAGUAAUCGAAUUACGUGGCAACCAAAAAAAUAUGUAUCGAGUAAAAUAGGAAACAUAUACUUAAAAAUUGUAUUGCUCCAUAAAUUUCAGGUAAAUGUCUAAGGACAAGCGAAAAUGCCUAUGAUUCUGAUUCAAUUAAUUUAUUUCAGUAAUAAAAAACUUGCAUUAUAUUUAUAGGAAAACAUACUAUAAUGCUUACUGUAUAAUUUAUCUAUUGUAAAUUCUAGAAUUACACUUAAGCUACCUAUAGUGUAAAUAUUUAUGCACGCACAAAAAUGACGUAUCGACUGCACUUUACAAACUGUACGUGUGCCAAAAUUAAAUUCUUAAUGAUUUAUGUCCAUGGAUUUCGUUAUUAAAGUAAAACUCAGGGUUAAACUUUAAGAUACUUAUAACACAUUUUAUAAUUCGUGCGGAUGUUUCAUUUGGUUGACCAGAACAGAAAUUAUGACGUAGUCUGAGCUAUUAAAUAAAUUAACCGGCAUACCGCUAUAAACACAAAUGGAGAAAAAUCUUCAGACCGUAAUAGAAUACUGUUGAAUAAAAAUGUGUAAAAAAAAAAAAAAAAAAAUGGAACACGAACUGCAAGUUUUAACCAACGUAUGCACCGUGUUAAAAAUAAACAAAUUCAUAAAUAGUCCAGUCUCUUGAAUGUGAUCAAAUUUUUUCUUUUUUAAAAUCAUGCAUAUUAAAUUUAUAUGUUAAAUAAAAUACUAAUAUAUUUAAAUUAACUUAAUAUUGCUCUAUUUCAGAUAUUUUGGGGGAUAAAAAAAUAUUUUAUUAAAGUUGCUUGAAAAAUUGGACUUCUUGAAUCUUGUGUCAAAAAUAGUUGUUUUUAAAAAUAAAAGCAAUUUGUAAUAAGUAUAUGGACCAAAAUAGCUAUACAUACUGAGCCAUAUAAUAUAUGUAACAUGUAUAUACAUACAUACUGAUACAUUUGAAAUUUAUCUGAAAAUGUCUAUAAGUAGUGAAAUCCAAGGUCAGCCAACGGAAAUAUAUAUUAAUGUUUCUUGAAAACGUGAAAACUCUAUAUUAUACUACAUAGUGAUUAAAAAAUUUUUGAAUAUUUUGUACACCGUCGUUUUCGUUUUGUUCAUAACAACAUUAUAUAUUAUAUAAAAGAAAACCACAAAAGUAAAAAUAUAAAAAUUGUAUUGUAUUGUUUCCGGGGUAAAGGUGUGAAAAUGUAAACGUAAAAUGUAUUUUUCUAUUUUCUUUUUAAUAAUUGCGGUAGGUAAGCGAGAAGCCCGGAAAUAUUGAAAUAUAAUUUAUGAUUAUUGUUCCUAUUGUGUUUUGAUAUUUUAUUAAUUUAGCAGUAGUCAUUAAGAAAGUUUACAAUACAAUGUUAAAAAAAAAUUGGUUCUAGAAUUAUGUUUAAUUUCUGCAAAGGGUGGAAAGUUAUAUUUUCAAAAUUGUUAUAUCAACAUGUAUAUUACUCUUUGGUUCAUUAGUGUAUUUUUUAAAAAAAUAUUUAUUUUAUUUUUAUUUGAUCAGUAUACUUAUUAGACCAUAUUAUAUACUAUUUGUAUUUACCUCGAGUUUUCGGUAGAAAAAGUUCAUUAACCGUUAUAAUCAAUAGAAGUUUACACUACGUGGUAAAAGUACAACGGACGUCGGUUGAUUAAUGAUGGGGUGACAUUUGUACUUGUCGCAUUAUAACUACAGAACGUUAAAUUUCUCAAACGAGUAUAACUAUUUACUCUGUAAAAUUCGCCAUCUAAAUCAAGAAAAAAAAAACAACUAUUUUCUAUUAGAAGAACAAAUACCUAAUGUAUGUGUAUGUAUUUUUAUUAUACAAACUGUGUUUAAUUUUUUUUUUUUUUAUAUACAUAAAAAGGUACAGGUUCCCUACUUAAUAAUAUAAAAGACAACGAGAAAAUAAAUAGGUAAUACAUUACAUUCAAUAUAUUAUAUAAUAUAAAUAUUUAAUAUAUUAUAUAAUACAUAAUUGGUAAAUUUAUUUAGUUGUGAAUUAAUUUAAUAGUAGUUAAUUUUAGCUAUUAUAUAUAAUAUUAAAUUUACCAAUUUUUCAAUGGACAAUAAUUGCCUUAAUGAUUUUAGUAAAUUUUAAAAAGUUAUAGAAAAUUAAAAAUGCAUCAUUAAUAAAUACUUAGAUCAUUCAAAUUAAUUUUAAAAAUGUAUGUAUACAAUUACUAUCUCGAAUAUUGUGAAAACAAUUUUUUGAAAAAUUUAAAUUCAAAUUGUAAGUUUUAAAAUACAAAUAUUUGUAUACAUAAAGUAGUGUUAUCAUGGCGAUCGAUUCUAAUAAUUAUUACGUUAAAAAAAAAAAUCACCAGAAAAUUGUAUCGAGAGGUACUUAUUUUGAUAAAAACCAAAUAUUUUGCGAGGAGAGGGGAUACUAGGUAAAAUUUAUAAACAUUUCAUUUCUCUUUCUAAGAACAUGACCAAAUUAUGCCACUAUUGGUAAGUAAUACUGUACUAAAAUAACACCGUUGAAUGAAACCGUUAGAAAUAUUCAGACUGCCUAACAUAAUUUUUGUUUAUAGUAUAAAAGUGGCGUUCUGAAGAAUUUCCAAUUGAGGGGGGGGGGGGUUGUGGGUAAUUUCUAAAAAAAAAGUAAGGUUAGGUAGGUAGGUAAAGAUGAAUUUUCACAUCUCUUACAAAUUUAAAACGAAUUGAUUGCAAAAAAAAAAAACCCAUGGGGGGGUUUAAACCCCGUGACCUCCAUGUGAGUAUGCCCAUGAGUACAAAUAAUUGGUUGAUUAAAAACAAGCUAAUUAUUACACUGUGAAAGAAAGUAAUUCAUGGAGUUUUAUACGUGGAACCACCGAAAAGUUUAACGAUGUCAGUGUUCAGUAUUUGAAUGAGUUUCUAUAGACUUGCAAGCAAUGGUUUUUCAACGAUUCUAUUCAUAUUAUCGCACUAGGAUUACGUUGGUUGGAGAACAACUAGGUAGGUACCUGUGCUUAUCGGAGACAGGAGAGGAAGGAUAAGAUCAAAAUAUCAGAAGUGCGUUGAGUCGGGUGUAUACAUGUAUAUGCGAAUACAAAACAUAUUAUUAUUAUUAUUGUGAUAAUUGCAUCGAGACCGAGAGAAGACGUUAAGACAAUCGCGUGGAAUACGGUAUAAUUUAUAUACUAAAGUAAAAGCAAACUAAUGGGUCUGCUGCGUGAUGAACGCAGACAAAAUCGAGUUCAUAAAACUUCCUCGAGAAAAUCGCAUAUACUCACGAUUAAAUCUGUCUGCGGGUAAUAUGUCGGUUGAAAAGACGUGUAAUUUUUUUUAACGGGUAGAUAGAUACCUAUAUUCAAAAUAAUAAUUAAAACAUGAUUCACAUAAUCGCAAAGAAAAACGGCGGAUAAAUUUGUUUAUAUAAAUGGACUUUCAAUUAUUAUCGUUGUACUUAUAUAGAAAACAGUUAUCGAUAAUAAUAACUCAUACAAAUAUGUACCUUCAUAACGACGCUAUAUCUCCAAACUCAAAUAUAGAUGUAGUCAAAAAUUUGUUUAAAAUACCACACCUCCAUGAUAUUUUGUACAGAUAACUUUUUUAAAUCAAGUGGCAUAGGGGGUUUGGUUGUUGUCACCCCCAAUUACUCUUUUGUAGUUAGUGGUAAGGUUAAGUAGCUCUUAGACACUUAAACCCCUUUAAAACCCCCAUUGAUAAAUCCUAGUUACGCUAGUGUUUAUGUUAGAACUUUUUCUAGAGAAUAAAUAAGCCUGAAUUACUCCCCGAAGGAAAUCGUGUCGUGUAUGGAAAAUAUUUACAGUGCGCGAUCGCGUAAAAAGAAUAGGUACGUAAUUUUGUUUUGUUUUGAAGUAUAGAUGACUUUUAAGUUUAACGUAGGUGUAUUGAAAAGGUAUCAGAUGAUAUCUUUGAAAAUUGGAGUGAUGUGUUUAGUGAUAAAAAUGAUGAUAGAACAUAGAAGAUAAUGUACUAUUUUCUGAUCACGAAACGGACACGGAACAACCAACAUAAGUUAUAAAAAAUUAUUAUUCCACAUGACCAAAUACGAGUAUGUAUAAAAAUACCUCAAUACCGAUUAAAUUAUGAAAAAAAAAUAACAUUACUAACAGUGUUUACAGUGUCAAGAAAAUAUUAUAAUUUGACAAAAAAAUAUAAACUGCGUUUUACGUCUGCUUUAAAGUCACGAAACACAUUUUGAUAUUAACUAUAUUUUUGAUCAACCAAUAAAAAUGCAAACGCAUAAAAAUGUUGGUUCUUGAUAUUACUAAUAACUAUAAUAUCCUCACUAUAUUUAAGUCAUUUCGACUUCUAAAUUAACUGUUACAACUACAUUAUAAUAUUUUUCCUUUUUUAGAAUUAUAUUUUUUUAACCUUUUUUUAUUUUCCGAAAAACUAUUCUGUUCUACUUAUAGCGUGUCUAAAAUAUUAAAGUUUUUUCUUUCGGAAUUUCGUUAGACAAAAUUAUCUUAAUAUCUUUACCGUGAUAUCGUGACGUAAAUACCUACCCUUAUUAUCGUGUAAUAAUGCACUCUAUGAGCAUAUUUAUAAUAUAAGUAAUAUCGUGUUAAUAAUAGUAUACUUUUAAGUGAACAUAUUUUUCCAUUAAAAAAGAUAAAGAAAUAUGUUAAAAUAUUUUCUUUUGACAUGGUAUAUACAAAUAAAAUAAUAAUUAUUCCUACCUAAUUUUAAUAAACAAAUCCUGAGAUCUAUUUGUACUAUAACUACUAUACCAAUAGUUACCAUCAUGUUAUUUGUAUUCUUUUUAAGAAUCCAAAUCAUCCUGUUCGUCAUUUGAUCAACGAAUUAAAUAUAUUUUGUACAUCCGGUGGAUACAUAAACAUUUUUAUUUCGUAAUGGUUCGAUUUUUCAUAAGAAUAAAAACUACAUUUUUUGGGAAGUGGAAGGGAAAAGAAUACCAUAUAGAUUAACCUAGUUUUAAAUAUAGACAUUUUACUAUUAAUAGGGUACGUUGAAUAGGGUAAGUUGCCAUUUUUUCGGUACUCUGAUCAUCUAUUUAAUUAAAUAAACACGAUUUUUAAGCGUACUCGUACAUAAUAUGUGCACUUCAUAGUAGUGUAUUGUAUUCCGUACAAGUCCUUUAUAGCCGAAUAAUGAAACGAUCUACGGAAAUUUUAAAUAGGUAGACAAACCUAAUAAAAAAGUGCUUACAUUAAAGUGCUUACAUAAAAGUGCACCAUUCACGAAAUAAUCAAAUAAAAUAGAUUCAAACCCGAAGGCAUAAAUAACAAAAUAUAAACAUAAACAAUUUAUCCAUUUUUAAAUGUUUCUACACAAAUAUUCUGAAAGUAAUAUUAAUAUAUCAAAUUAUUAUUUCACAAUGAAUUUGUAUAUUCGUACCAUAUAUUUAAAUAAAUCAUUUUAUUAACUUUAUUACAUUAGGUUGGUAUUUAAAUAAUUAAAAUGUUUAUUCGUGGAAAAAAAAUGAUAAAAAUAACAAUACUAUUUAAUUAGUAGUAUUACAAAAUAAAUAUCCUCCUGGAUGAAAAAAAAAUGAUACUCGUUUUCCUGUCAAUUAACUCGUAAAAACCCCUCGGAAAUAAAAACAAUUUGUAUCAGUAUAUUAAAAACCAAGCCUUUUAUAUUAUUAUACAGAAUUUGGGUAUAAAAAAAAAAACAAAACAAUAAAGUUUACACAAAAUGUAUUUAUAAUAUGAUGUAUGCAGUAACUCACAACUGACACACACUGAAAUAAUUAUAUUAAUUAUUUUUUGAAAAAAAAAAUUCAGUUAUUGUUUAUGAAUUAUGUAAUACAAUGUUUGCUCCUAGGAAUUAAGUUAAAAUGUAAAACAUAUAAUUAAAAAAACAGUAUCCCGCAUAUAUAUAUCUAUAUAUGAAUUAUUAUUAUUGUCUACCGCAAUGAAAAAGGUCGUACCUUGUAUAUUUGAAGUCGUACCUUUUCUUAGCACCACCCAGAAAAAAGAUUGAAUCUCUAUCUACCCAAAGACAUUAUUUUAUUUUAAAUUAAAAAAUAAGAUACUAUCUUUUUCGUUGUGGCAGGCGAUAGGGUAAGAAAUUAAAAGAUUGGAGAGUAGAAGUUGGAAAAUUAGUGAAAAACGGCAUUUGUUGUUGUGGUAGGCGAUAUGAACUCAUAAUAAUAUAUGAUGCAUACAGAAUGCCAAAUUAAAAACAAUAAUUAAGUAGUGUCAGCACUACUUAAAUAAAAAAUGAAAAUAAAUUAAAUUAAAAAUUAAAAAAUGUAUGUUGCAUGCGCAAACAUUUUACGUAGGUGCUCUAUUAAUAUGCCUUAAUAUUUGUUUGUUUGCACCAUAUUUAUACUUUUAUAUAUAAAUCCAUAUAAAAAUAUUUGAUAGUCAAAUGACGUUUCAAAGAGUUUAUAGUUUAUGAGUUAUGAUGUCUGUAACCAUAUAUUCCUUCUAAGAUAGCAAAUUAUAUUAAUGGAUUAAUGGAUAUAUGAAUAUAAAUAUGAUGGAAAUUGUAUUACGUACAGGCGUCAUGGCCGCUACUGGCAUGGAUAUAUUAGUUACAUAUUAUUACCUAUGUAUACUUGGCUCAGGAAGUCAGUGAUAAAAACCACUGCCAGCUCAAUUGUGUUUCUAUAAAAUUUCUAUAUUUUAAAUGGCGUAAAAUAAUAUACAUGCACGGUUCAAAUCCGAAUAUAGAAACAAUUCGUGAUAUAAUUCAUGGAAUAAACAAAUAUUUCAUGGGUAAAUAAAUAUAAAUGUACUCUCGGUAUAGCUGUGCAGCCAAAUAUCGGAUUUACUCACAGAGACCUUCGUCUAUAGUUGUUCUCAAUUAUAACUUACAACACACAAACAUAAUAUGUUUGUCUUUUAAAAAUACAUUUAAUGUUUCUUCCAUUGUAUAGUCAAAUCUAACGAACAAACAGUUUCCCUGUGUAGUUUAUAAUAAAAUAUUGUAUUUAUGUAUUAAUAAUAUAAUUGGUUAAAUUUCAUUGGUGCAAAGUUUUAAAUAAUAAUAUGAAUCCUUUAUAUUACGUUUAUCUUAAUAUUGUACUUUAAGAAUAAACCUUAACGAUUAUUAUAUUAUACUUACUUAACGGUAUUAUAAAAUAAAUGGUAACAAAUUAGAGCAAUUAAUUAAAACUACAAACACGGAAGAAUAUUAUAAUUCCUAUCCUGUCCCAAUUUAAUUUACACGCGUGGGUAUUGAGGCGAGACGGAAUAUUCGUUUUAAUGGAUUUAACAUACGAGCAAAUCUGUUUGAUUUGCAGUUUAUGUUAUAGCGAAAUGUAUGUUGUAGAUUAAACAAAGUAUAUUACAAUUCAAUUGUGUUAAUAGCUAGGCACCUAGGCAUAAGUAUACUUAGCUUCGGAGAUUUAAUAAUUUAUUAACAUUUAGUUACCUGCAUUAUUAUUAAUAUUAUAUAGUUACAGUAGAUACGAUGACGUAAAAUACGAAAUUCGCUGCAACUGAAUAUAGUUUAGGAAUAGAUAUUAUGUCAUAACUAACUUUGUCCUCUUAACCGGAUACCCACUUACAGAAGUUUUCCACGACAGAUCGUAUUUAAUUAUUUGCUGUGAAUUAAUAAUAAUAUCAUAGAUAUUUAUAACCGUAUCCUACGUCUCGGUGAACCGCAUGUAAUUUCUCUUAUCUUACACAUAGGUAUGAGACAUGAAAAUAGUUUCGUUACGAGUAUAUUAUUAAAUGUUAAUAAUUCAUAAGAAAAUAAGCAACUGUCAUUUUUCGUAACUCUAAUACGACGAUAGCCUUCGUAAUAUUUAUUAUUUAACAUCCGAAACGUGGUCCUGCAACUCUAUAAAAUGUUAAUUUAAUGAUUUUAAUCGUAAUACGCAUUGAUAAAAUUCCUAUUACAUUAUAGAAGGUCAGCCAAAACGAUAUUAUCAAGAAAAACAAAAGUAAAGACGUAGCGGUAUUAUACGAAAUGGAGAUGUAAAAAGAAAACACAGUUUAUUUUCAGCGUGAAGAUGAAUAACGAUUCUUGACGGAAUUCGGUUAAAAUUAUUUUCAUUUUUGAUAAACUUGAAUUGGAAAAUUGUAUUAUUUACUGAGAGGAAGUCUACAAUUUAUUAUUAUCAAAAUAAAUUACGAUAAACACUUAAGUUGCUCUUUUUUUUCACUGCUAAAAUGACCAGUAUUAUCACUUUGGAUGAACUUUUGUUUAAAAUUCUUCACCAUCUUUACGAAACUAAAAUAAUUUAAUUCGUCUAAAUCGGAAACUAAUAUAUAGGUGGGUAUGUAUGUAAAAUUUGGUGAUUUUGACAAUUUUUAUUAUAUAGAGAAAUAAAAUAAGUUACUAAAUUAAACAUUUUAACUUUUGACUCUGAGGGAUUCAAUUUAAUUUACUACCACACUUUGGUGUACCUACAUAUAUAUUCAACUGGAAUACAAUUUAUCACGCAAUAAUAAAAUACAUAUUUUUUUUUUGCUUACUUUAAUCCGGUUAUUUUUAAAUAUGGUCAAUUUAGAUAUAUGUGAUUUUUUUCAUCACAAAUAUUUUGAUAGUGAAAUGUUAAACUGUAUAAGAAAUAAUAUCAUUAACCCAUCGUUGUAGUUAUCGUUUUUAUUUUUCCCUGGUUUUUAGGACACUAAAAACUAUUCCAUCGUUUCCAUCUCAUACUCAAUUUUCCAUUUGCUCCGUACCUACAAUACUUAUUUUUUCAGUUUGCAUCCCUACAAAGUAAUUUCACAUUCUUUUUUUCUUGCAUCUUCCCAUCUUGUUUUGAAUACUUUUAGUGGUCUUUUUCCAUAUGAAUUUUGCUCCAUCAAGAAAUUUACAUUAAGGUUAUUCUGACUCCUAUAAGUAAGCUCACGUAUUAUAAUCGACUUCUCCUUAAGUUUAAUAUGAGGUAAGAUACCUGACUCUGAAUUUUUCACCUUUUUCCUCCUCCAUUAUAAGAACUAGAUUCCAAAUACUAGAACUAUUUCUUCUCCGUACAGAAUUACUGGACGAAUAGAAACAUGCCAACAUAUUAAUAUGUAGUAUAAUUAUAAUAAAUAGUUUUUUAAUUAUUUUAAUAAUGCAUAUGAUUUCAAUUUAGCAAGCGUACGGUGAAAUAUCCAUGUAAAAUCGACAAUUGUGUUACGAACAAAUGUUAAUAAUAAAUUAUUAUUUUUAUUCUAAGUUAAUAAAAUAUUAUAUUUAUGUACAGAUGAAAAAUAUUAUUUGGUUACGAAUUUAAAGAACAGUAUUGUGUAAGAUACCCGAUUACCGUAAUUCAGUUCUACACAUUAAUCGCAAUGAUAGAAUAUUACCAUGGAUAACUGCAAUUUAAUGUGUCCCCAGGGGAGUUUAUAAAUGUAGUAUUGGGUCGAAGUAUUAUUCUUGUCAAACUAAUAUUAUAUUGGCGUUAAGACUUCCCUGCAGCACAAGUCGGAUCGUUAAACCAAUGAUUUUAAUUUAAUGGUUCGGCAUACAUUUUAUCCUCUCGACCCUACUAUAUAUCCGCAAAAAAAUAAAGAGAAAAAUACCUACUUUUAGUUAAAAUAUUACGUAGCCAUUAUCCGUAUACACAAAAUAAAUACACGCGACUUAUAACGUUAACACAUUAUUUCGAUAUAUCUACUUAAAAUACAUAAUAUAACAUUGAGAAAUAUAAAUGAAUAUUUAAAUGAUGAAUAUUAUGACAUGUUUUUAGGUUCGGAGUGAACCGAUGAAUGUUUUUAUUUUUUUUCUAUAAACAACUUUUCUACCUAAAAUCUUGCGCCAAUCAAAAACUUUGUAGGAACUUUCUUGUAGCAUUUUCGAUCUAUUCGGUGCAUUGGAACGAUACUAUUUUGAUUUCUUUGUUAUUUUUUAAAUAGGAAAUAUUGCUAUUGUUUGUAUAAUUUUUGUUGAUUUUUGGGUUACCUUGGCCACAAAAGGGUAAACAUACGAUUAAUGAUAUUCUGCUUCGAAUCGUUUUUCAUUAGCAAUGUCUUAUCAUUGUUUACUCUAUAUAAUAUAUUCUCCUUUCAAAUUUCCCGCUUAAAAACAUUGUUACACCCAUCAGCAGUAUCAGAUUUUUUUUUUUUUUUGUUUUGUGCUAGCCGAUACAAAUUAUAAUAUUAUAUUACGCUCUCGAUCCAUCAAAAUAAUAAUAAUAAUACGACGGUAAGUAAACAUAUUUCGAAUUCUCCAGAAUUAUUUAGGUAGGUACCUCUAUAAUACAUACCUACACCUAUACCAUCAAUUUCAUCCAACCCAAUCGACAUAACUUAGACGGUGAAUAAUAUAAUGUAUAAAGCUCUAUUCCUACAUCGGUGGCGGACGUUCGUCGGGAUGGUAAUACAUCAAAAUAAUAUCCUAUUCUCACUGGCUUGUGUACAUAUUAUAAUGGGGCGACAGAAUAAAAUGUACACUAAGCAAUUCAUUAACACGAUAUUUCGUAUCAUGUUUUACAUUCGCCAAUCAAUCAAGACGCGUCCGGAUUGUACGCCGGAAACUCGAUAAUAUAUUUUUUUCGAUUAUAAAUAUUAUCGUGGGAUAAUAUUUUGAUUAUAAACCAUAUAGUCAUUAUCUAUUUCGAAAUGAAAUUCGACCCAAUUUCUAUAAUUUAGAAAUAAGAAUACUAUUAUUAGAAUGAUUCAUAAAUGUAUUAUUUUUUCUAACGGUAGUCAUAAACUAUAUACGUAACUACUUCGGGUCGUUUACAUUAUAAUUUUCUUAGCUUUGAUUUUAUUAAAUGUCCAUAAUAUUUUAUAUAAUUAUAUGUUUGAGAAUAUGUAAUCGAUAACGUAUGUGUUAUAUAGGUAAACUACAUAAAACGAUAAUUUUUAAUGUGAUCAUAAGCGGACAACAAAAAUGAAUUAUGUUGUAUUCGUUUUAAAAACAUAUGGAUUAUUUUGAUUUUUAAGCAAAAUAUAAUAAGCAUUUUUAAAUUUGAUAAUUCAUAUCUCGUUUGAAAAUUAAUAUAAGUAUUGAAAAAAUCCAACUUACAACUACAGAUCAUUUUGAUUCACAUCUUUAAGUUUGAUAAUAAUAUUAAAGUUUUUUAAAAAUUAUACUCUAGUAUUAAAACUAAUCACUCAAAAUGUGUCGUGUCAAGCACAAAUUGUCUAUGUUGAUAGUACGUUUGUGAGGUUAAAACGACAAAUUAGUGUGAUGGGGAGUGAUCUUCUGUUAACGAUUAAAGUUAUUGUUAUUGAGUUAGAUUCGUACCACUGAUGAGAUACGUAGAGUCAAUUCUGAUGAUUCGAAUUAAUUGAAUACCAUACUAGACCAACCGUCGGGAAAUUGAUAUCAUAUUAUAAAUAGUUAUCAGCUAUCUGAUUUCUGGCGUAAUAAAUUAUCAUAAACGUUUUUAAAACUCUACAUUCACAUCGUCAUGCAAAAGACGCGUAGAUAACGUAAUUCGUACACAAAAUGGUAAAACGUGCGUGUAAGGUCUUUAAAAAGUGUAGUUUCCGACAGUUGUCCAGUAGGUCUUAAAUAUUAUCUUAUCCUUCAUUCACUUGACAUGCACGACAACGAAAGGAACGGUUUUGAUAACGGUUGCGAAAAAGGGUGAAAACCCCGACGAAACACUCUAAUAUAUAAAAUACACUUUUUGACUCAAAAAAAAUUUAAAACCUUCCAGAUUUAUUUUAAUAUUUUUACCACGAUUCGGUCUCCUAUUUUUGUAUCCUUGAAUACCUUGUAUAUUGCACUGCGACACAUGUCGAAUCCAGACGAAUGACUAGUUAAAAACUCAAAAAAAAAAAAAAAAAACCCAGAGAGAAAUUACAAUUGGUUCCCCUUAUUCGUCUAGUUAACAACAAGGUGAGGCUUGACCCUACCCGAAGUGACCUGCAUUCGGAUACUCCUGAUGGAGGUUACCGCUAUCCGUGUCAUUUUUUACAUCCCUGUGGAUUCCCCUGACGACUCGAUACGUAUUAUACCGCAAUACAAUAAAAUAAUGUCGCGGUCGUGUUUAAACUCGAAGACGGUCGACGAAUAAUAAUAUUCUCCCGGGGCUCCGGCGAAUUGUCCUGCUGCCCGUGUGGCCACCAACCUACUUACCAUACACCUUUACAUGCAACACCCUUUAUAUAUAGUCAUUUUUGGGGUAUUCGUGAACAAUGCAAUGUCCGAGGACAUUCGUGGAGUCCGGACACGAAUUCCGAUAUCAACGUGAAUGUAUUGUGUAUCGAAGGAGACUUCUCUCGUCUCGCACACAUGCCGCAUUCGGUUCUGCGGCUUAUCGUUGUUGUACAUUACCGUAUAGACGAUUACCGGGUCCUUCAAUCUGCAGUCAUGUUAAAAUAUAGUCGAAUUAUAACGGGUGUAUAAAUUGUACUAACGCCAACGAAUGGAAAUUGUGGUAACUGACCGACAGGAGCUGGAUACAUUCGGUCGAACAAUUAGAUGAAAAUCACAUCUCUUGCUUCUGUAAGUCGGUCGACGAGAAAUCUUUAUACAGACCUAGCCAAUAGGAUUUUGGUAGGAUAUUCUCGUAGACGAAAAACAUAAUAUUUCAUCGAUUUAUAUUGAACGAAAUACUUUACGAUUUUUGUAUAAUUAUGUCAUAAUUUGUUCGGCCUCGUAUAAACACCGACAAUGUUGACAUCAUAGGUUCGUCAUAAGUUUCAGCGAUAAUGGCCAAUUAAACAACUAUAAGCAACAGAAUUUCGUCACUAGAUUCGAAUUUUUCCUUAACUGAUUUAUUACCAUUGCCAUAUAUAUAUAUAUAUAUAUAUGUGUGUAUUUUUUUUUUCAUAACUGAUCUAAAAUAAUUUCAUAACAUUAUCCCUCUAUCAAUUCCUAUGUGUUAACCCGAGUGGAUUCCUGUAAACGUCGUUGUCUUAUUUCUAACCUCUAUCUUUGCAUUUCAUGGUUCUUCGAUGUUAUUAGUUUUCUUUUUAUCCUAUAGGUAAUCCAUAACAUCCCUAAUUUUUGCGCAAUUUUUAUUGUAUCUUUUUCUAAGGUUUAUAUUUUUUUUAUCGUAAUCUUGUUUUUAAAAUUUAUCAAACUCUGUUAUAUUUCUUGUAGAAGUGGCCAUAUUUCACAACUAUUUGCACAUAGUCUGGUGUUUAUUCGUUUUGAAAAUAAUUUUGAAAUGCUUCCCGCUGUUUGUACUGUUAAUUUAUGUAUUCUAAUCACCAGUUUUAAAUUGAAUAAUUAAAUCUCUACAAUAUACGAUUCAAAUAAAUAGAAUACGGAGAACUUCUUUGGAAAUAAACUAAGUACAAAUAUAAUAAGUACAAUUUGUCUAUUCUAGUGGUCAAUGCCGUAGGUAUACUCAAACUUGAACUCGUAAGGAUGUCGUAUAUCAUUUUGGUGAAAUAACUUUUUGUCAUUUUUAAUUGGACUUUUCCUGUUGAACUUGCGAUGAUAAUUUGUUUAAAACUUAAUUCCGCUAAAAUACACGAACUUACUAUGAGUAAGAAAACUUGCAAUAUUAAUGAAUAAAACUCGAAACUUUUUGGUUUUGCGUAUUCAGUGUUCACGGAAUAUAAAGUCAACUUGGACUGGCUGUUAGACUAGUGAGUCACACAUUUAUCACAUAUAUAAAUUAUUAAAUUUUCAAAUUUAAAAUAUAGUAUUUCUAUUUGAAUUCUUACUUAGUAGUAAGAUGAAUGAGUAAUUUAUGAGUAUUAACUCAUAAAUAAUAUUCAAUAAAAUUAAAAAAAUAUGUAUUUUUGUGUUUUUGGUAUAAUAUUGUAUAUACAUAACGAGUUUAUUUUCUAAAUUAAGUAAAAAUCAUACAUUUCUACUUAGUUUGAGUUCAUAUGGGAAUUUAAUACGAGAAUAAAUUAAUGUUGUUGAAAUUAAUCAUUUGAGCGUUAAGACCUGCACGCAACGUAUUGCAACGAACAAUCGUUUAAGGUAAAACAAUUUUUUGUUAGUAUUUUAAUAAUACGAGUACCUUUAUAAGUACCUAUGCAUAUUAAUGGUCUUUUAGCUUAUUUGUCUACUGGCGGUAUAUGGAACUAUUUGCAUUGCAGAUGUGCGAUACUUCCACGGUGGUUGAAGGAUGUUUGUGAUUGAUGCGAACGCAUGUGUAUAUACUAUAUAGAUCCGCAAGUCAAGCCUCCAGGAAGUGGAAAUCACUCACUUAAUUGAGAAAUAUCGUUAAAUGAGCUAUUUAAAUACGUUAGCACGUAGGUGUAUUUCGGCACACACGAAGAACAAUAUAUGCAUAUACGCACAAGGUGUCCUAUAUAGAUUUACCCAUUGCAAUAUCUCCGUAGAUAAAGAUAAAGAUGAACAAAUUCUGUUUUUUUUUUUAAUUUUUAUAUUAUUCGUAGGGAUAACGACUACAAAUAUUUAUAUUUGAGUAUUAAUUUUUAUAUUUUAAUAAAAAACUUAAAAAAGUAUUAUUUUUUAAAAAAUUGAAGAAAGCGAUCUUAUAGAGUUUUUUUUUCUGAAAAUGUUUACGUAUCAAUUUUAUAUUUUCAUUAAAUUCAUGUUUCUUAAUAAUUAGCUUCAUGUCCAGAAAAAAUUAUCUAUAAUUAUACAACAAGCUGUAAUCAGAUUCCCUAAUUUAUUAUUAUUAUUAGGGCUAGUUGACUGUGCAAUUUUUUUCUGGACUUUAAAAAAUUAUUAAAAACCAAUAAUAAAAAAAAAGUUUUUUUUUUAAUGUUUUUUACCAAAGCAUAAAAUAUUAAUUGAAAUAAAGAUAUUUUUAGUAGCCCUGGAAGUUAUUUAAAAUUUAAAAAACAUAAAUUGAUUAUCAUUAUCAUCUCCGGAGAUAUUACAAUGGGCAUAAUUUCGUAGGAUACUGUGGAAUGAUCGUGAAAAUCGUAGGGGUGUAUUUACAGGACUGAUUAGGUCCAAUUAUAGCUCAUCCCAUAAUUUUUAAUGACAUUGUAAAAUUAUCUAAGACUUAGUCUCUAAGACAUAAGUAUAUCAAAUAACAUAGGUUGGAAAUUCCAAAAAUGUUCUAAAAAAGACAAAAAAUAUUCCAUGACUUAAAAAUUUAAAAUUAUGUUCUAAAAGUAAUUUUCCUUGGAUAAUAAGGACGGAUGCAAUCACUGUUGUAAGUAAGAGGUUGGGAAAGUUCUAUCAUUGUAAAUCAGAGCUAAAUUGCUGGUAGAAAAGUUGUUCACAAGAAAAUAGAAGACCGUAAAAUUCUUUUAGAUUCUGAGUGUAGCGGAAGAAGCGUAUGGUUUUAAAAAGUAUGUUUAUUAUUUUUUUAUGUGGACAACUUUUCUAUCAGCAAUUUCGCUCUUACUUAUAAUAAUAGCGAUUUUUCUAAAAGAAAAUUUCACAGAGUAAGUACUUUAGAGAGGUCGUUUUUCGAUUUUCUCCAGAGAUUUCUCAACAAAUGUGAAAAAUCGAAAAAACCGGAAGAAAACAGGGAAAAACUUAGAAAAAUCGAUAAAACAUUAAACAGAUAUUAUUAAAGAAAAUAUAUAAAGCAUUUUCAAUUAUUUUUCUAUAUAGCAUAUAUGUUGUUUUGCAAAGAAUUACUAUCAACUGAACUCCGCUCAAAAUCAUUCUUUCUUAAAAAAUGGUUUAUCGUUACUUACAGUUAUUCAAUAAAUUACCCAAAACAGUGGCUUCACACAUCUAUAUUAUUCUAGGACGUCUCUUUUUAACUGUAAUACCCAUAUUUCGUACAUUAUUUCGUUUUUCCUAGGUUUUAUUUUUUUUUUUUGGUGUUACACAAUUGAAAAAACUAAUGAGAAAGUCAAAAAUGACUUCCCCAUACCAAUUUUCUUUCAGAAAAGGUGCUAUAUUCAAAAAUCAGAGCUAAAUCUUUUGUAGAAAACUUGUCCAAAGAAAAAAAAUAAUAUUUGUUAAAGGUGUUACCGAUUUCCCCGGUUUUCCAUCGUUUUUCCCGGUUUUCUUUGUUUUUCUCCAGUUUUUCACAUUUUCUGAGAAAAUCCAGAAAACUCCAGAAAAAAAUCAAAAAACGGUUUCCCUAAAGUACCUCCCCAGUGAAAUUUCCUUUUAGAAAAAUUGUUAUCAUUAUAAGUUGGAGCAAAAUUGCUGGUAGAAAUGUUGUCCACAGGAAAUAAGGUCAUAAUAUUUUCAGCCAAUGCCUUAAUUUUUGACAUUUUUCGUUUUUUUCGGUUUUUACAUUCGUUGAGAAAUCUCCAAAGAAAAUCGAAGAACGACCUUCUUAAGGUACUACCCCACACCGAUUUUCUUUCAGAAAAGUUGAUACACGUCAAAAUCGGAGCAAGUCUUCUGGUAGAAAAGUUGUCCACAGAAAUCUUCAACUCUAAUCAUAACCAACACUUGGAACUUGAGCUGUAAAAUCAUCCUAUAAGUGAUUUUAAUUUUAUGAUAGAAAAAUGUUUAAUGUUUAUUGUAUAUUUUGUUAAUUUGAUUAUUUGUGUAAAUAAAUAAUUAUUAUAAUUAUUAUUAAAACUGUAUUAUUUAGGAAUUCUAAUAUGCUCGAUUUUUGGAUGUAUGUUAAAUUAAAAAAAAAUUGUUGGUAUUAGUAUGCUCUUAGACUUAUGUCUAUUUCGCGUAUAUGUUAAUUCUUGCCUCUAUAUUUACACAAAGAGGAGUGAACUGGUUAAACUCCCGAAAUAUAAAGAAAUAUUGCACUUCAGAGUCCUCCUUUGAGAAAAAUAAAUAUUUGCAUAAUAUUUAUUUGAUAAAUAUUUAAUAAGCAAAACUGCAGUGACCUAUAUUAAUACUUAAAACAUAAAACAUAAUAUGGUACUUGGAGGAUUUCACAUAAAUGUAAGACGACAGUCAAUGCUAAAAAUUGAGCAGAGAUUUAAGUAGGCCAAACUGAUAAAGAUUUUUAAUUUUUUAAAAUUGAAUUAGAAGUAUAAUUCAAAAAUAGAUAACAAAAUAGCAAAAAAGGUAAAAGAUAGAAAAUAUAUAUUGUUUUCUUCUCCUUUAUGUUUAUCCUAACUAUUUAGGAUCAGCCAGAAGUUUAUAUCGUAAGAAAAAAAAAUAUGUACAGUAUAAAUACAUUUACAGAAUUCCUUAUAAAUAUAUUUUAUUUUCUAAAGCGAUCGAAAAACUUAAAAAUAUUAAAUUCUCUUUGUAUAUUAUUACACAGUGAACGCAGAUGAAUAAUUUUGGCUACAAGUGUAUGUAUUUUCCUACAUUUUAUAAUGAUAAUAAAAAUAUUGAUAUAAUUAUUUUAUGAAGUACAAUUUUAUUUAAUCACGAAAUAAAAUCAAACAAAAAAGACAGAAACUAUUUAUAGGUGUGCCACAGUAAUUUAAUUUAUAACUGUACGAAACGAUCGAGCAUUUCAAACGAAAACACGAUUCUGAGUAGGGUAUUACAAUGCAUAUUUUUUUCUUGUUGCUACAGUAAUCCAGAAAAAUUACCUGUUUUUUGCCUAUUUAUAAAAAAGAACUACAAGGAAUAUCAAUAAAGGAAUUUUUUUUUAACGCAAUAAUCAAAUAAAAUAAACUAGAAGAAAUUUUGUUAAAUGUUUUUAAUCGGAGCAAGAUUUCUGGUAGAAAAGUGUUUAGAGAUAAAAAAAAAUAAAAAAAUACAUUUUAUUGUAAAACCAAUGCAUUCCUCAUCGCUAUGCUCCGAAUUUAAACCAUAUCACAGUAAAACCAAUUCAUAUUUUCGGUUAGUAAAAUGUAUGUUUCUAUUGUUGUUUAUGCUGGUACAAACAUAUUUACCGAAAAUUGGCUCAAUGUAAAUCAUAAAUUAUAAUCAGUAUAUAGGAAGUAUAUAGAAACCGAUACUGUACAAUGUUAUUAAAAUAAAUAAUGUAUCUUAUUUGUAAGAAAUUCAUGAGCACCCGUGCCCUAGUUAGCUAUAUUAUUCUAUGCAUUUGAUGCGUACCAAAUAUGAACGUUACGAAAAAUGGCAAUAUCUAAUACCAAAGCGAAGAUAAUAAUUUAUACACAUUAUUAUACUAUGUGAACGGUAACAUUAUUAUCUUGUCGUGUAUUCAUGCCGAUGCCGAACCAAUUACUACGUACCAUGUACUAUUUAAUAUUUUAUUACUAAGUAAUAUCUAUGUAAAUCGAAUAAGUCAAUUAUAAAUAGAUAAACACGUUACACUAUAUGUGGGCGUUCUCAAUUUAUAUUAUGCGAUUCACGGAACCGGAAUGGAGUAUAAACGAUAGUAUUAAUGUUAAAAUAAUAAUAUGUUACCAGAUAAAAUCACGAACAAAGCCUCUAAAACAUCCAAACAACACGACUUCGUCAUAAAAAGAAGAAUAUUAUUAAUUGUUUUUCAUAUAAUAUACAGUGAAACCUCUGUAUAGCGGACAGCCAUGGAAAAUUCGAAAAAUAUUCACUAUAGGGAGUUGUCCACUAUUGAGAAAACCUCUACGUAGUGGAUAAUUGCAAGAAAUUACAAAACGUCCAUUAUAGGGCGGCGCUAUAGAGAAUUGGUUAUACAUACACAUUAAAACUGUUAUUAUUUAUAACAUAAACGUGUUUAUUAUAAUUUAUAAAAAAAAUAUUAUUAUUAUAAGGUCCAUUACGUUAGCACCAACUUGGAAUUUCGUUAAAAAAUUUAUAUCAACAAUUGUUAUUUUAUUUGUACACAUUUGGAAUCACAAAUUUCGAAUUUGAACACGACUCAGAACACGUGAAAAUUGAUAUUUACUGCGAUGGCGCUUAAAUAACGUUCACCAACAUCUCACUUAUAUCCAUUUAAAAGAGAGAUAUUAUUGUUUGUUUGUAUAUUAUAAAAUAUCGUUCACACCAGUUAUAUCAAAUUAUUUUAUUGUUUUGUUUUUUAUUGUAAUUAAGUUAAAAAUAUUCGUAACGACUUGAAAUUUUAACGGACAAAUGUUAAAAUCAUUUGAAUUAUUUUUAUGCAAUUUAAAGAUGUUUUAAUUUUGAGAGUUUUUAUGUAAUUUUUAUUUGGCAGUUUAUGGACAAAAUUGUUAGACUAAAUAGAAACGCUUGACCAUUUGACAUGCGGCUCAUUAUUAGUUGAACUUAGUGGCAAAAAAAAAAAAAUUGAUUGUUAUGUAUUUUUUUUUUUAUAUAACAGUUUUUAAAAUAUUGAAAAAAAUUGUAAAUUGUGGCUUUUUAAAACUUGUAUAACUGAACUUGUCUCCAAAUCGUUUUUCAUUAGUAAUGGUUCAUCAUUUCUUACAAAUAUAAAUUAAAUACCUCCAUGUAUCCACUAUUCUAACUUCUCACUCACAACAGUAUCACACACGUCCCCAGUAUCUGCUCUUUUUUAGAUUCUGAGUGGAGCGAGGAACAUAUUGGUUUUAUAAACAUAUAUUUUUUUUCUGUGAACAACUUUUCUACUAGAAAUUUUGCUUAAAUUUUCAAUGAAAGUAGAUAUUUUUGCUACUGAUUGGAGAGGUGUUUUCAAGGGGUAAUAUUGGGAAUUGCCCAAGAAUUGCCCUGAAUCACAGCUAUUUAUAUUGUUGGCUACCAAUGAUUGAAUUUAAUAUAAAUGAUAAUUAUUACAUAAUAACAAUAAUUAUGAGGGUACUGUUAUAAGUUCAUGAUUGUUAUCAUUAUGACACAUGUGUGUUUUGACUAUUGAUAAUUUUUACAUUCAACAUUGGCACAGCACAUUAAUGAAUGAAAACGUGAUUAAUGGCCGUUGACACAAACAAGAUAAAUGGUUUAAAUUACAAUUUAAAAUCAAGCAGUACACAAUAAAAUAAUAACUUGUCAUAAAUAUAGGUAACUACUAACUUACAAGAUUACAGCAAAUACAUGUUUAAAUUGGUAGGUAUAAUACACUGGAAAAACCACACGCGAUGGGUUAAGGUUUAAAAUUCAACAACAUGCUUACAAUUUUACAAACACGUAUAGUAAUAUUAUUAAUACCUGUAACUUAUAAUCGAAAUAGAAUAUUAAAAAUAAUAAUUAUUACCUAUAGCAUAGUUAAAGUUGGUUACAAGAUAGAUUCAUUAAAAUAAAUAAUAAGUAUACCAUAUCUAUUCUACAAGUCACUACCGGUGCAACUUGAUAUAUCUAGUUAUUUUCCAUUAAAUUAAUUUUUUUUUAAAUCGAUGUUUAUUUUUGUUUUUUUUGUUUUUGUGAACAAUAUUAUAAUAUAAAUAAUAAUAUCUUCCUUAUUUUCUGUUGGUUCCUACAGUUUGGGUUAAUGUAUUGAUCGAACAUUAUUAUAUUGUAUAAACUCCCAUUGAAGCACAAAGAUGAUAUUUUAUUUUAAAAUACCCAAUAUAUUAAAAUAUCCGACAGAUGAAAUCAAAGAAUUUGUAGAAUUUACGCAUUGAAUUGUAAAAUUACUAAUAUAAUAUACAUAUAUAUAUAUAUUUAUGUAUUACCUAAUUACAAAGUUAUGAAAAAAUAAAUCUUUUCUUAUAUCGAUUAGUUUUAAUAAACUAAUUUGAUUUUUGAUUUCAAAUAUCAGACCAACCAAUUUUUCGGGUAGUGUACGAAUUCGAAAUUUGCGAUUACAAAUGUGUACAAAUAGAAUAACAAUUAUUGAUGCAAAUUUUUUAACGAAAUUCUAAGUUGGGGUGCUAAUGUAACUAAUAUAUUUUUAUGCUGUAAUAUAUUGAUUGUUUAUUAUAAUAUGAUUAAUAUUAAGUUUAAUUUGUACUUAUUAUUUAUUGUAUACAUAAUAUUUAUAUAUGUAGAUAUAUGUAUUAAAAAGUGGGUAUAAACAUGUUAAAUGUUUAUAUACAAUUAAAAAAAUCUGUAAUAUUUUUUUGUGUACAUUUUUUUUAGCACACAGCUGAUGACUGAACACAACCGAAUUAUUUGUCAAUUAUCGAAUAGGAAAACCAUUAAGAGGACGUUAUACCCGCAUCUACUGUCUCAGUCCAAUAACCGGGUAACAUGCAAAAACAAUGCUUACGCAGAAUAAGUAAAACUAGUUUAAUUAGAGUAAAUUUACCUAUCAUGAAAUUCAUAAAGAACAAUAUUUUGGAUGGAGUGUCAUAGGGCUUUUUAUUACUCAAAAUAUACAGCUCGAUAUAAAAGAUACAAAAACCUUUAUUUUUUUUAUUUUUAAAUAGUUCCUAAUUCAAAAAACACCCAUCGAAUUCCCUCCAAUUUAGUGUUCUUUAUAAAUUUCAGAAUAGGUAAUUAUACCUACUCUAAAAUCUAAAUUAAGCUGGUUUUACUUAUUUUUCGUGAGCAUUGCUUUUAUAUGUUACUGAGUAGUUGAACUGAGACAGUAGAUGAGGGAUAACGUCCUAUUAAGAUAAGAUAAAAUAUGAACGAAUUGUAUAAAAAAUUAAAUAUGUUUAGUAUUUUUAUAAGUUAAUCAUUUCCGGUGUGUGCAUGUAUUGUAUUCAUUUAUAAGAGGUUAUUUUUAAUUUUGGUACCAGUCUUUAGUAUCCACAUCCGCUAUUAGGAGUAUCUACUAUUUAGAGGUUAUAACUACUAUUAUGUACAUACAUUUUUGCCGGGGAAUUUAAAAGUGUCCACUAUUGGGAAAGGUCCACUAUUGAGAGAUGUCCAUUAAUAAAGGUUUAACUGUAAUAUGAAUAAUAUGGUUGAAAUUAAAUUAAAAAUCUACAAUAUUAUGAUUAUUCAUUAUUUAUCCUAGCCGAAAAAGAUUUGUCAAAAAAUAAUAUACAGAGUGAUUUUUCAUCAUGAUCUAUUGGACUGUCUAUGUAGGUUUUGAUUAAAGUGUAGUUUGGUUUUUUUGGUCAUUAUACUCGUUGAUCUAAUAUUCUUAUUUACAAUAUUUAAAAGUAGUAUCCUUACUCUGUCAACAAAAAAAAAAAAAAAAAAAUAUAUAUCAAAAUCAGGUUUUUAAACAGCAAAUAACUCCUCACUGGUUUAUCAAAUCAAACUAGCGAAGCGACUCUAAAAAUGUUGGAACACGUAAAACCUAUAUUGAGUUUAAUAUUUAUAUGAGUAGUGUAAUUAUCUAAUUGGUAAAUAUGAUAUUAAUGUUAUACAAAUCAAAUUGUUUAAAAAAAUGUAUUCCCUUUUCCAAUAUUUUGUAUAAAAAAGGGGCAUUUACAAUUUGAAAAUUAACAUUUAAUACGUAUUGACGGUAAAAAGGAGCUGGAGUAGACAUAAUAUGAGUACAGUGAUAAAAUAAGGCAUGCACAAAUGUGUAAUGGUUAAAAAAAAAACCUGGAAUAAGCCAGUUUAAAUGUUUCAAAUAUUUAUAUAAAAUAAACAAAUACGAGUGCGAUAAAUGUUAUAUUUAUGCUAUUUUGACGGAAAUCGUAAACGAAUGGCUAAACAAAUUAUUCAUAAUAAUAAGGUCGUCAAUUUUUGGUUGUAUGCGACGUAAUAAUGUACAAAUUAUUAAAUAAAAAAAUAAAAACAUGACAAUAACUGUAGGCCAAUGUGCCUGUAUAUGUAAUGAAUUAUGUCAUAAACACUAUUAAUAUAAUUUUAUACGAACAAAUAAUAAUUGUUUUUUAAAUUAACCCAAUUCUUUGUAAUAUUAUACGAACACGCUAAUUUGAGUAAUCUACAUAAUAUAAUUAUUAAGUAGGUACUUCUUUACUUACUUUUAUUUUAUUAAUAAUGUACAAUUUUAUCUUUUUACGAAAUUUUUAUAAAUUCGAAAUAACUAAAAAUGAUAAAAAAGGUAAGAUAAUGAGGACGGGUGCAGCCACUGAUGUAAGUGGGAAGUUUGGAAGAUUGGAUACAGACAAGAAUUUAAUGUAUAUCUGUAAGCAACGAUAAACCAUUACUUACGAAAGAACGAUUCUGAGUUCAAUUGAUAGUGAUUCUUUAUCAACAAUAUAUAUGUCAUUUGGUAGUAAAAUAAUUAAAUAGUCUUUAUAUAUUUUUAUUAGUAAAAUGUAUUUAAUGUUGUACCAAUUUUCCCAGUUCCCCUACGUUUUUUCCGGUUUUCUCAUGUUUUACCUCGGUUAAUUACAUUUUCUGGAAAAACUAUUGGGAAAAUCAAACUUUUUAUAUUAUGUACUUUAAACAUACAUGUAGAGAAUAUUUUGCAAAUGAAUUCGCAUGCUCGGCUAAAAAUAUAAGAAGCCUAUGAUUACAGAUACGUUUGAUAAGUAUUCUUAAAUAAAUUUUUUUAUUUUCAAAUUGGUAUUAUUCUAUAUGUGUCUAUACAUUUAUUUAUUUUUUUUAUAAUUUACUGGGUUAAUACUACCUAAUAGUACAAAUGUUCAAGUUUGAAUGUUAAAUUCAUUUAACAUUCAACAUUGUAUAAAUUUGUAAUGUUUAGAUUAAAAUACGGAGUCCUUUUUUUAAAAAUUAUAAAAGGAAAGAAAAUACAUAUUCGAUUUUAAUACAUUAAAAAAAAUCACGCUCCCACGAGAAACAUACGAAAAGUUAUAUUUGUAUAUGUUCUUAAAGAUAAAAUACCACUUACGAAACUUGUAAAGAACAGUAUAAUAUUUAGGACAGAAUUUCAUCAGUGGUUUUGAAAUAUUAAUUUUUAACAAAUUGAAGAUAGUUAAAACGAUUUUUCAAACAAAUAUUAAACCCACGUUAUGGAACUCGAUAUUAAAAAGAAUUGUCAAACGCUCGUCUCAGAAUUAUUCAUAGUAAUAAUAAUAAUAUUUAAAAACGAUAAUAAUCCAAAGAAGAAGAAGUUUUUCUAAAGCUGCUAAUUUAACUUUCUACAAUCAAUUUCUUAUUGUCAAUAAAUUUUUAAAUAUAACAUUUAUUAUUUUUACCGUACUCAUUAUUAUAAACUAAGAGUACAUCACAAAUUAAUAAUUAAAAAAAAAGAAAGAUUUAAAGUCGUUAAAUGAAAUACUAUAUUUCCAUAAAAAAAAAAAAAAAAAAUAAAAAACGAUUAUCACUAAAAUUAAGAAUAUAGCAGAGUUUGUAAUUUUUUUUUAUUUUUCCGGUGAUACAUUACAUAAUGUAUAUUUUUAAUUAAAAAGUUUUAAAAAUUCUUUUUAAGUAACAACAGUGUGAUUAGUAUUAUAUUUAUGUAUUCUUAUAAUAAAGAAUAUAAUAUUUUUUUUUAAGUAUAUAGUAUAAUAUAUAAAUACGUACUGUAUUUCAUAUACUCUUGUUUUUAUUAUUUUCGUUUCAUAAAUUAAGAUAUGAUUGUAUUUUUUUUUUUUACGUAAUAAUUUUUUUUUAUGAGUUUUCGUCAGAAUAAAUAAAUUGUAAUUGUUUUGUCGCCAGAAGUAUAGUAUAUUUAUUCAAAAAUAAAAUAAUUGUAAACCAGUCAUCUGUUUUUACGAAGGGUGAUGCAUUUUAUAAUUUUAGGUGUUUGGCGCUUUAAAACGAAUAUACAGUUAUGAAAUGGACUUAAAAAAAAUUCAGAAGAAACCUAAUAUACCCAGUACACAUCCACUAAUAUUUUUCAAUAUCCCGAAUAUAUCCUAAUAUUUUCACGUAUUUGUACUAAUAUUUAGUUAUUUUCUUAUUGAACAUCCAGUCACCACUAAGAAUCAAGAAGCACCUUAUCCUCAAAUUCCGUGGUUAUUUUGCCACUGUACGUAUAGAUUAAUUCAUACGAGGUUACUCAAAUGUUCAAUAUUCAAUAAAUACGUAGUUAUAAUAAGAUAUCUGAAACAGUAUAGAUUCUACAUUGUCCUGGAAUAUCCUAAAAUUUUAAAAUACAGACAUAUAAAGCAACCAGUUGCUGGAGAUAUAAAUAGAUAAUAAAUAAAAAAUUGCGACUAUAGGUUUUAGAUAUUUGUAUGGUGCCCUAAUGAGAACUUUAUUAUGAACUAAAUACCUUAAAAAAGAAUAGAAUAAUUUUAAAAUGUUAUCAUUUUUAGAAAAAUAAAAUGGUAUAAAGGCACAAUUAAGUGAAAAUUUCAGGUCUUUACGAAUUGUGUAAACUGAAAUACAGUAAAAUUUAAAGUAUCGGAAAUCACUAUUUUAUAGGUAAUUAUUUACGUUUUUUCUCAAUUUUUAAAAAAAUGACUUCUUCAAUUUACUAAAAGAAAAUCUAAAAAUACAUAUUUUGAUGUUGAUGAUUUGAUCAGACAGAUUUGAAUAAAAACAAAUCCUAGUAAAAUCAAUAAAUUCCUCAGACUACUAUUAGAAUCUAAAAAGAUGUGGUUGACUUGGUAGAGAUUUAAAUUGGAAAGAAAAAUGUAUGGAUGAUGUAAAAUAGAGGGUAUGCGAUGAGAUAGCCCUAAGGGCCCUGGAAACCAGAGAAGAAGAAGUUAUACUUCCUUUAGGGUGGUACAUUUUUCCUUUCUAUAAAAAUUAUAUUUCUUCGUUUAAGAGAAAAUUCUAAUAUGGUUCAAGAAUGCAAGCUGAUCUAUAGUAACGAUUAAUACUAAUGUAGGCUGGUGAAAAAGUACGCUAUUAAUUUAUACAUUUCAAAAAAUAAAUUUUAAAACAAAAACUUAAAUUUUUUUAUUUCGACUAUAAGUAUAAUAUUUCAUUUCAGAUUCUGAACAAGGAAUGUAUUGGUUUUAAAAUGAUGUUUAUUUUUUUCUAUAUCAACUAAUCUGUUAGAAAUUUUGCUCCGAUUUUCAAGUGUAGCAUUUUACCUAGAAAGAAAUUUUUGAUUUUUCCGAGGGUUUUUUAUAAUAAAUGAGAAAAACCGAAAAAAACUUAGGAAAACGGAAAAAUGUACGAAAUAUAUUUUAAACUCGUAAAUAUUACGAGGUCUUUUAAAUUACGUAUAAUUAAAUUCCGCUCAGAGUCGUUUAUGUUUGUAAAGAUAAACCAUUUCGUACAGAUAUACAUCAAAUUCGCCUCUAUAUCAUACCUUCUCAACUUACAAUAGUGGCCCAUCCAUCGAGCAAAGUAUAUCCGUAUCUUAUUUAGUUUACUCAUAUAGUUAAUAUUUUGAGAAAUAUACUGUAUAAACAAAAACUCGUAUUUUGAUUUUUAAGAGAAACUGUAACUAUGUAAGUAGAAAUCGUAUUAGCUCAUGCAUUGAUUUUUUUCUUUGUUUAUUUCGAUUUAUUUUGUAUGUUUUAGUUAUAUAUAUAUUUUUUUUUUUUGAAUUCGAGUAAAAAAUCACAACUUUUUGUUUACUACUCAGUUAUAUUUAUUUUGAAUUUAAAUAUCGCACAGUAGACAUAAUAUCUCAAAAACCUUACGGAAAUGUAUUCUGAUAUUUAUUUAUUUUUUUAAACCCCAGUAAUCUCGUAAAUACACUGUGGCAGAUAAAUAUUAUUCUUACUCAUAAGUUAAAGGUAGGUAGUUACUAUUUUGUUAUUAUAAAACGUUAUUAAGUCCCCGAAUAAGUCUUGAAAAAUAAAAUAAAAAAUAAAAAUGUUUACGAAUAUAAAAUCACUUAGGUAUUCACUAAAUAUUAAAUUCACUUCGAUGAGUAUUUCAUUUGUGAACCAUUUCACAUACUAUUAUAUUUGUUUUGCAUCGAAACCAACUUGGGUCUAAAGUUUAUCAAUACAUAUUGAGUUACCUACAGUGAAAAUAAAUUUGAGGAUUGUUGACAAAAAAUAUAGGUCGUACUUAUGUUUUUACAUUAGUAUAACAUAUUAAACAAAUAAUAUCGAACACAAAUGGUAUUAGAACAGAAAACGCUAGCGCCAAACAACAUUAUCGAUGCGUUUUGAAGAAUUUAAUUAUAAUUCGUAACCUAAAUAUUAUUUUCAAGUGGAAAAUUAGUGCGAUGAUGUUUGAUGUUUUUUCGUUGUAUUUUUAAAUAUUUUAUAAUAUUGUAAAAUUAAAAAUGUAUUUUCCAUAAUAUUAAGCGGUUUGAUUUAUUCGAAGUUUCGAUUUCAGUUUUAUGAAUUGUAAUUAUUUUUUUCUGCGAGCUAAAAACAAAAGUAAUAAUACUGUAUUAAAAGAGAUCAAAUUUUAUCGACCGACCAACGAAGGGUUCAUUAUUUUAUUCUUAAAUUUAAUCUGUUAUGUCGUAUUUCAAAAUUUUGCAUUGAAUUUUUACGCGAAAAAUAUGUAGCUGGUAAGCUGGUAUAUUAUACUUCCUCAUAAUAAUGUUAAACAUGCAAAUAUACGGGUACUAAAAUUUUAUAUUAUUUGUUAUUGUCUAUAUAAUGACGUUUGAUGGCACCUAUAUACUCACUUAAAACAAAAAUAAAUAAAAAAAUUUAAAAAAGUAAAUAGAAAUCCCGUGCACACGACGUUAAACUUUAUUGAGUGGGUACUACAAAAAAGUUUAUCGAACAUUUUGCAUUCGUACAUUUUUUUUUGUUUUAAUACGUGCCGGUGUUGAACAUAACAACUUUCUAAUAUCAUCAAAGUUCGGUAUGGUAUUAUUAUUUUAGUAAAUCAUCGUUGAAUGACUAUGUCAAUAAAUCUUUAAGGAUACGAUGGUAUUUUCGUAUUAAGCGUAUACCUACAUUUUAAUUAAACGCCUGCACGAUAUAUUUUAUGAUUGUUCAUAAUUUUACAUAACAUCUCAUAUUAAAGGGUUUGUACAUUAUUAUUAUUAUUAUUAUUUAUCAUAAACGAGUAUUAAAGUACAAUAAAGUUAUUAAGUAGAACGAUGUUGUGUAUGCACAUAUAUAUAUAUAACAUUAUACCCAAUAAAUAACAUUAAUAUAAUUUUAUCUCGGAAGCAUAACUUAACUCAUGGUAGGUAUAUACUUAUCCGUAUCAUAAUAAUAUGUAAAUAAUACGAUAAAGUGAAAAAUAAUAUUAUCGUAAAAAUAUUACGUUGGUGCUCUAAUAUUUAUACGGAUGUCAAUAUAAAUACCAAUAAAGUAGUAAAUACGAAGAUGUAUAAUAUGUCCCUCGUGGAUUUACUGUAUAAUAUAUUUAAGUGAGUUUUGUUUUGUUGUUGACAUCACUCAUAUCUUAUAAAAUAAUUUUUAAGGAGGCAAAUCUCCACGGGGUAUCACACACCAGCGAUGGAAAAAUCACGUUAUUUGAAAGAUUUUAUCAUACUGUAUAUUAUGUUUAAUGAAAAAAUUAUAAAUAUGACAUAUAUAUAUAUUUUUUUUUUAUGCGAGACCAUUAUAAUAUUAUUGUAAACAUUAUUUUUACAAACAUAAAUUUUACAAAUUUGGUGACCUGUAGGUAUCGACAUAUUACGAAUAAAAUAUUUAAAUUUAAAAUUGUUUCGAUAUAGUAUAGAUACUGUUCAUCAUUUUUUUAUGCCUUAUACCCAUGUAAUUUUGUGAAACGUGGUCAAUGAUCACUGCUAAUGCCGUCAAAUUAUUAACCUUCGAAAGGGAGGUGUUAGGAUAUUUAAUUUCUUAAAAGAGGUUUACGUCUGUAAAAGAGUUUACGGGCGUAAAUAUGAAAUAUUGGCAAUAUGAAAAAAGAACUUACGUGGAUAUAAAGUAAAAUUGCAUUAAUCCUUGUGAUAUUCAAACAUAAUACAUUCAAAUGAUUAAAACGAGCUGGACCUAUUUGUUGAACCAAGGAUGGUUUAAUUAGAUAAGCUCUGGAUUAUAUAGUGACCUAUAUAAUCCAGAUACAUAUAUAAGACAUCAUAAUCCCAAGGAAUGCCACGUAAACAAUGACUAAAUCGAGAUGGGAAAGAUAUCAAGUAAAUCAAGGAUAUUAACAAAUUAGUGAGUUUGAAAGAUGUGGAUAUCCGAGAAAGAUAGACAAAUUUGGUUGUAGUGCUAUGUAGAACAUACAUGGCCCAUUGAAAUUAGAAAAAAUAAAUAUAUUUUAUAUUUUGUUCGGAUGUGCGUAUAUUACGCGUAAAGGUAAACAUUUUGAGUUGGAAAACUAAUAUAAAGGCAUAUAAAUAUCUUUUUAUUUUGGAUUAAUUCUCACGGGACAAAAGUAUACCGGCCGGACCGUUGUCUAGAAAGUUUUAUAUUGACCCUUACAGCAGACCAACGCAUUACACAAUGCAUAUUAUACACGUUUGCUGCGCGGUAGGCAGGUAAUUUAAACGAGUCGUUUAUACAAUAUUAUUUAUAUAGGUAUACCGAAAUUAUAACUACAAACAUUACAAUAUGAAAACCAUUAAAAAAACUGAAUCAAGUUAAUAUUUAUUUGAUUACAAUACUAUAUCAUAAUGGAUGUUGGCUAAAUACGUUGUGCGGCACUCUAUUAAACAGUCGGCUUUCUAUUUGCAUUAAAUAAAUAAGUAUACGUCUAUAUCAGACAAAUAGUUUGUUGAUUUUUAUUUUGUGGACUUUUUCUAAAACCGUAUGACUAAAUAUCAAACAGGCGUGUUAGCUAAAUAAAACGACGCAGGAUAAGGUCCUCAGAUUUUUGUUGUAGGCUGUCAUGGAACGCUAAGUUGACUUAGAAACCUAGUCAACAAAUGAGGUAAAAUAUUUCUAAGAUGUUUUAUUUAUUUCUCCAAAACAAUCCUAUCACACAUAAUAAAACAAUCUGGCAUAAAUAUGUUCGAAGUUACUAGCUCCAGACUCGUCUGAAAAGCUAUUUUUGGCAGUAUCAUUUUGUUGUAAAACUAAUUGAUAGCGUUCCCACAAUAAGGUUUAGCGCCCGGGGUCUUUGUUCCGCUGAUUAGUUGUUUUAUUAAACGCUGUGCUUUGUAUCGGAUUGAUAAUAUAAGUACCUAUUAUCAUAUUUAUUAAAUAUUGUAUUACGGCGAUGGUCCUACGUAUUUGCGUAACUAUUAUUUCGACUAGACGGUACUUGCGAAUCGCGUAUAUUCCAUAUAAGUACAUGAGGACGUUUUCCUAAAUUAUACCCGAAAUUCGGAUCUUGUCCAAAAUGGCGUGCACGAUAACUAGAUCUCCUAGCAGAACCUAACCUAACCUAACCUAAUUACAUAAUUAUAUAUAAUGUAUACAUAUUCUUCAUUUUCUUGCUUUAGGAGAGAUCGGAGCCCGGAACAUUCAAAAUAAUACAUUUUUACCUUAAAUAAACGCAAAAUUUUAUUUUUAAAAUGGAACCACCCUUUUAAACACUGAUUUGAAUAAAAAAUAUUUUUCUUGAAAUUUUGAUAUGCAUAGCAAUAAUAUCAGAUUUACCGUUUAUGAGUUAUAACAGUUUAAAGUUUAGACCGGAGAAGUAGAAAAGGGCCAUAGAUAGCCAAUUUAUUACAAUUAUAAUCAAAAUGUCAAGAAAAAUAUUCUUUAUUCAAAUUUGUGUUCAAAAGGGGGGGGGAGUUUUUAUUUGAAAAUAAAAGUAUGCGCUUAUUUAAGGUAUAUGGAAUAGGAGUAAAAAAUUUAAAAUGGUUAUAAAUAAAGUUUAAACAAUUCCGCAAAGAUUAGAAAAAACAAAAAUCAAAUUUACUUAAAAUCCUCUGAGAUAAUUGCUUGUUCAUGAUAAAAAAAAUCACUCUGUAUAUACGUAAUAUGCAUGGAGGAAACUGAUAGUUUCCUACUAACAUAAUUUGGAAUAUUAUUAUAUUAUUGAACUUUUAUAACUAUAGGGCAUUUUUAAUUUCAUUACAUAUUUUUUCUCUUUUUACUAUUAUCACAAUUAAUAAUUUGAACGUUUAUUUUAGCCACCAAAUCCGGUUAUCAUAAUAUUAUGGUACAAAAUAAAUUCACUGAUAAGAAGGCCUAAAGCCUUCACCAAUUUUCAGAGAAUAUGAUCUCAAACAUAAAAAUAACCGGAAUGGUCUAUCCAUAACUUAAAUAUGAACUUAGGCAAGUAACUAUAGGUGAAUAGUCACUUGGUCAAAUUUCGACCUGGACGUGUACUUCCUGUAUAAACCCCUUAAGUUACUUACGUUUUCGAUUGUUUCUACAUUUAGUUUCUCAAAUUACUUAUUUUAGCUUUGUCAUUUCAUGUGUACUUAAUAAUCUUUAUUUGUGUUUAACAGUGGACCCAUUUAAUUAUAUCCGGUCUAAAAACAGAAUCCAAUAUUCACCAUAAAUGGCAUCGUAUUUUCUUCAAUUCUAAAAUCUGUAAAUCAGUGUCUAUGUCUCGCAUUGUUAGAAAAGUCACGGAAUGGUACUUAUCACAACUGUUCAACGAACAGUAAAAAUAUUUGAUUUUUUUUUACAUUUCAAAUGUGGAUUUCCAUAAAUAGUCGAUCCAACAGUUAACAGUUUUUUGCUUUUCACUCGAAUAAACGUAUUCAAGUAUAUCGACCAUGGUGAUCGAUGGAUUGGGGGAGAAGAUAAUCGACGUGACAUAUAGUGAAAAAAUGCACGUGCACUCAAGGAUCGAUCGAUUGUUGAGUGCAGCGUACUUGAACGACCUUCGUACAAAUUUCACAUGUACUCAUUAUUAUUAUAUGUAUAUAUAAGUAUAUACAAAGUGUUUCGGUUAAUUUUCUACAAUAUAAUCAUCUCUUUUAACUGCAAUUGUUAUCAUCAUCAUUUAAUUUUAGUCAUUUAAAAUUUAAAAAAAAAUUAUGCACUAUAAUUUUACCCAAAACAUUAAAUCUAUGGUUUAUUAUUUUAAAAUGUUUAUAUCAAUGUUUUGAAAAACAAAAACAAUUUUUCCACAUUAAAUUCAUAAAAAUCCGACAUAAAUUUUCCACCAUCAUGGUCAUGGAUGUGUUACUGCACAUUGUUAUAAGUGGAAAGUUGAGAAGAUAGAAUUAUAUAGGGUUAUAUUUUAGUUUAUAUCAUUGCAAACGAAAAACGGUUAUAAGCGAACAUCAGUGGAACACAUAGACUUGAAUUAAAAAUUGUAUUAAUAUGUAGCUAUAAAAUUAAUUAAAAUUAUCAGUGAUUUUUCGUAUCAAAUUUUUAAACAUAUGUAUCUACAUAAAUUAAAAAUUCUUUAAGUCAUUGAAAUACUGUGAUUCUCGUAAAAAUUUGUAAAAUUAACACAUUUUCGAUUCGGAUUUUCGAUACUUACAAGUAUUAUAAUGCAAAAAGAACAAUAUACAUGAUAACAUUAUAAACCUUGAGUAGAGUUUUCGAGCAUUUUUAUGUAGCCAAAAUAAAUAUUAACUACAUUAAACCAGAAAAACUAAUAAAUUUCAAAUAGCUUUAAAGAACUUAUAGUCUCGCAUCCCACACAUAUUACGUGAAUGUGAUUUUGUAGAGUAGCCUCUUCCCCUUCAUGGUGUCAUUAUCAGUGCGCGUUAUUAUAAUAUAAAAAUGAUUCAGAUCACGAUUCAACGACGUCGUCAUAACCCAAUUUGAACUAUUAUUACUAUUGCAUUACGAUAUUAAAUACUUUUUAUACUUUACUGCCACAUUUCGAACACCUGACUAACACACGUAAAAGUAACAGCAAACAAUCUCGUGCGGUCACCUGGAUAUGGUGUAAGUGAGAACGCCACCGUUUUGGCGUCGGUUCAAACGGAUUCCGAACCCAUCAAAACGCGACCGUCUGACAUACGCGCCGGUAUAAUAUUCUCGAUGAAAAAACCGGCAAUAUACGUAUAUCACAUUUACCUCAAAGUAAAAAAAAUUUUAUUUUUUUUUCUAAGAAAAAAGAAAACAUAAUUUUCCGCUUAUUUAAUCUUCGGCCGUUUUACAAAGAAAAUAAAAAAAAAUUCAAACAAUGGCAAUGUCUUUUUAUUUAUAGUAUAGGGUUGAUAACUUUCUGAUAAAAAUCAUAUUAAAAAAGUCCAAUAUUGCUAAUGGAUGUUUCAGAAGAGUAUUUUAUAGUGAGUAUAUAUUAUAAAAUAAUGUACUUACUAUAUCUGUAUUUAACGAUAAACUAUAACUAUCGAAAAACGAUUCUGAACAAAAUAUUAUUUGUCACAUAUCUUCCCUUAAUGCAAAGGUAACUCAGAUAACUCAGAAAUCAAAAAAAGUUCUCAAUUUUUUCGAUUUAUUAAGAAAACAAGGAAAAUUAAAAAAUGAGCUCUUCAUUACAUCAGCUAAAUUCUACAAGAAAAUUUUCCUACGAAUAUCGAUUAUGUGCAAGAUUUCAGGUAAAAAAGUUUUUUAUAAAAAUAAACAACUAUUUUAAAAGGAAGAUUGGAAAGAUGGCAUAUAUACAGUAAUUUAAUUUACACGUAUGAGUAAUGAUAAACUAUUACUAAAGAAUUGCGACUCUGAGUGAAGUUGAGUUAUACAUGUUUUGAAAUGAGAUUGUCGUCUUAGUUUGAUCUUAAAAUUCUUAAAAAAAAACCAUUUCAUUUAGCUAAAUUUUUUUCUGACUAUUAAACACGACUUAUAUUAUACCUCGUGUUAAAUUUUCAAGGUUUUCUGUUAGGUCAAAUAAUUUUAUUCAUAUAAAAUAAAUAGUAGGUAAAUACAAAGAAAAACUUAACAAAGCCUUCGUAAAUGUAAAAUGCCUAUGAAUAGAACAAAAAUCAAAAAUAAUUAAAUCGUAUCGUCGUAAAUCUAUCUGGUUUUUUUUAUGUCUUUUUGCUUUUUAAUUAUUAUACAACUGCUUGGAAAAUCAAAAAAUGAUUACUCUAAUGCACCAACUAGAUUUAAAUAUAACAAAAAAGGUCAUAGUAAAUUAAUAUAUUUUUCGCUCCACUCAGAAUCUAAAAUAUUAUCUAUUAAAAAAUAAUCGAUGUUAUUUUUUCUUUUUCUUAUUAUUUCAGCAUGUAAACAUUUUUACACCUCGUCACAUAUGCAGGCAGAAAUUAUCCAUCGACACACGUGUCUGUUGCCGUAAUAUGGUACUUCCAUCCCCCCCUGUACUCCACUGCUUAUCUGUUGCCGACUAUGCCCAGUAAUCUUAAAUAUUUCCUCAUUAUGUCCAACCAUAUAUCUUCUAGGGCAUCCUCUUGGGUAUUCAGUAUUUGCAGAUUAUCUCGCUAUUUGUCCAACACUUCCGAUUCCCACAAAUUUUCCCAAACCCACCUCAGUCUCGUGACUUUUGGUACUCAUAUUGCUUCACUUCCCCAUAAUACUGAUUAUACACUCUCUUAAUUGUUCUCAAGUCUAAUACCCGUUAUGGUAUGUCUAAGACCCAAAUGACUCUUCUAAUAUAUAUCAUUCUAACUGUAAAAACAAACUAAUGAUGGAAAAAAUUGAAUUACUUAAUAAUAAAAUCGAUACAUUUUAUAUUUUAGCGAAGGAAUUUAUAAAUAUUCUUUACGAUUAAACCAAUAUUUUUAUAUUGUAGUAAAGAAAAUUGAUAACAUUUUUAAUUAAUAAAUUAAUUUUAUAUCGGUACCUAAAAUUGAAUAUUAUACAACUGAACUUUAUCCUACACGUAUAUCUACUAGAAUAGUUAACAUCCAACUUUGUAAUCAUAAAAUGUAUUUUUUUUUUUUUUAUAACAACUAUUUUUUAAAGUAUGUUGGUAUAAACAACAUUAAUUCUGAAAGGUUAAACGAUUGUUCGUGAAACUUAUACGCGUAUUCCCAUGACGAUAUUGUCUAUUGAACUUUUCAAUUUGUCGGGAUAGAGAGUGCAGAGGGAUGAGGACCCAUAUUAGCCUGCAAAAAACAAUAAACAGAGAGUAAAAGAAAAAAAAAUAGGAAGGUACCUGAUAUUUUUCCUCAAUAUCAAAUCCUAUCAAUUCAAUAUAUUAUUUUUAUACGAGUAAGUAUAAAUUUUGUGCUAUUAUUCAUAUCCGUAAUGAAAUAUGCGUUUCACCAUAAGUAAUAAUAUGCUACAUAUAAUAUUUAACGAACCAGAAAAAAAUUUUAGAUACCUAAAAAUGUUUUAAAACGUGAUGCGAUUUUUAUUAUUAUUUAGAUUUUGAGCAGGGCGAGGAAUCUAUUGAUUUUACAAUGAUAUUUUUUAUUCUGUGAAUAAUUUUUCUACCAGAAAUUUUGCUCCGAUGUUCAUGUAUAGCAUUUUCUCUGAAAAGAAAUCUGACUAGUAUGGUAAUUUAAGGAAGUUAUUUUUUUAAUAUUUUUGAGAUGUAUGCAUAAUAAACGGAAAAAACUAAGAAUAAACGUAGGAUAAUGUACAAAAUGUAUUAUUUUCAAAUCGUAAAUAUUUAUUACUGCCUUUCAAAACAUACAUAACCGAACUCCGCUCAGAAUUGAUUUUCGUUAGCAAUGAUUAAUCGUUGCUUACAGAUAAACAUUAAAUUACCCUAUAUUUUCUACCUUCCCAACUUCUCAUAUAUAACAAUGGCCCACCUAUCAUGCGAAAUAUGUCUGUUUGUUUUUUUAUUUUAGUUCGGAUUAUGAAAAAUACGUCCUAAGAUAAUGGAGUCAUUAAUACAAAUUUAAAACUAUAAUGGCUGCAUUUUAGGUAAGUAUAAUAUAAUAUUUAUAUUUUACUUGUGUCCAUGGGAACCUAAUGCAAAUGGACAAGGAGGUGUCCCCCAAAGAAAAUAAUAGUAUGCUAAUUAUAUUAGUGAUGUAGCUAGAGCUCAAUCAAGGGAGGGGGGGAUUGGUUUAAAAAAAAAAAACCAACAGUUUAAAUACUAUUUUAUUUUACUAUUUAUAGGAUAUAACCGUGGUAAAAACAUCAUGAUUAAAAAAUGUCAAGGGGGAGGGGGUAUUUCACCCAUCACCCCUCCUACAGCUACACUUCUGCAUUUUAUAAAUAGAUGAUUAUUUAUUCAUCAUUCCUCAUAAUAGAUUUAUCAUAACUUUAUAAUAUUUUUUUAAAUUUAUUGUUAUCUUAUAUCUAUAUAUGAUAUAUUUAUCAAAAUAUUAGUCUUGAAACGCAUACACUAACAGCAUUCCAAAUUAAUUUCUUUUUAAGAUUCUGAAUAUUUUAAAAAUACUUUUUUUCAAAAGCUUUGAAUAUCGUUUUUAAAAAAGUUUAAAAAAUAUUUUAUUCUUCAUUUUUUUUUUUACUUUUUAGAAUGUUAAGGAUAUACAUUAUUAAGAUGUGUGUUUUAAUGUAAUAAUUAUAUAGUGUAGUGAUUUUGUUCAUGCAUUUCGAGAUUUUUUACAGUUAAAAUAUAAAGUUGAAUUAUUUAACCCAUCAUCAUAGAAUAUUAUUAGUUAUUUUCAGUCAUUGGAAUUUAAAAUUAGAUUUUUUUUUUUUUACAUAAAUAAUUUCAUACUUAUAUACUUUCCUCUUAAUACUUUCCACAAAUUAUUCGAAAUAUUUAUUCUAAAUACUUUUAAAAGUAUAUUAUACAAGUUUGCUUAAAUUUUAAGUGGGGAAAUCUGGUACCACUUUAUUCCUCACCUAAAAAUUAUCUUACAGAUGGCCAUGCAUGUCUCGCGGAGUCAUGAAAAUCGUAUUGUUUGUGUUUCGUUUUAAGAUGAAUUAAAACAAUUAUUUUUAAGUUAGGCUAGGUUAGAUUACUAAGUAUAACAAAACAUAUUUUACUUCGUACAUAAGUACCUACAUAAUGAUGUAGAAUAAUGUACUUUUCUUUUGUUUUAAUUUAAUGUAAUAUUCUCUUUGUAGUUAAAACGACAUUAUAUGUACAAGUGUCUAAUGAUACACGUGUUACCUUAGUGUGAACGAAGAAAAUAUUUAUUUACUAUUUCUUUUGGUCAUUUGCCAAAAAAAAAAAAAAAAAAAUGAAAUGAUAAUUAUGGGUACGACUAUGAUGGCAAGUUUUUAGUUAAUUAAAUUAUAAAAAAAGAAAAAUAAACUUCUACUAAACUUGAAAAUGUUGUUUAUUUCCCAAAGGUUCGUUUACUUUAUACAUGCAUAAUUUUUAAGAGAUUUUUGCAAAUAGCAAAAAUAGUCUUUAAUUGGGUAAAAGUAAAAAAGAAAGAAAAUAUUAUGGAAAAAAAAAAAGAAGACAGACAUAUUUCGCACGUGGGUGGGCUGUUGUUAUAUGUAGAAGUUGGGAAGGUAAUAGAGGGAAAAUUGAAUGUAUAUCUGUAAGCAAAGAUAAACCAUUGCUAAUGAAAAACGAUUCUGAGUGAAUUUCAAUAGUGUUGCUUUGUCAAAAAUAUAAAAUAUGUCAUAUAAUAAUAAAAUAAUUAUGUAGGCAUUGUAUAUUUUCUUUAAUAAUAUUCGUUUAAUAUUGUACCUAUUUUCCCGUUUUUCCUUUGCUUUUUCCCGGUUUUUUCUCAUUUAUUGGGAAAACUCCUGAGAAAAUCAAAAAAAAAUUACCUCCAUAAAAGUACCUCUCCAGUCCAAUUUCCUUUAAAAAAAGGUGUUACACUUAAAAAUUAAAGCAAGAAAAAAAUAUCAUUGUAAAACCAUAAGCUUCUUCGCUCGAUUCAUUUUUUUUUUUUUUACCUCAAAUAUGGGCAGAAAUUUGGAUUUAAGUAGUGCGCUUUGUUAAAACGAGCGAUUUUUCUAUUACCUAUAGCAAACACGUUGUCCAUCGUAUAUCCUUUCAAAUCCCUCCGGAAUUACUAUACAAGUACCGGUAUAUAAUAUAUUUAGUUAAUAAAUGGGUGGGCGGGCGAAUGCACGAACGGGGGUGUGUGGUAGAAAUAUUAUGUACACGCAAGUGGUGUUCGAUUCAGAAAACAAUUGUUCCCGCGAAUAAGCCAGUGAGUUAAUCCACGGACGUUAAUUUUCUAUUAAUAUGGAAAUUCUACCCGCGGUCCUAUUUCCCUGUGAAUACCUACGACUCUCGCUCUCUGCGUGAACCGAAAUAAAUAUAGGUAUAUGUACGGUUCUCGCAUACAAAUGAUAGUUCGUGUCGAUGACGGCACCUGGAUUAAAACUUUUAAUGUUUACCCAUAAAAUACUGCAGCACAGCUGCAAGUUGCAUCCACACAGUCGAACAAUGAUAAUGCGGAUUAAUUUAUCAUCUACAAUAUGGACGUACCAUAAUAUAUUGUAGGCAAUUUAUUCGAUUCUGGGUAUUUACAAAGAAACUAUUAAUUUUAAAAAGAUGUGUUUUUAUAUUUUGAGUGGAGCAAAGAAACUUUGGGUUUUACUAAGAUGUUAAUUUAAUUUUUUUUUUUUUUAUCUGUGCGCAACUUUUCUACCAGAAGAUUUGCUUAGAUUUCGAAGUGUAGCACAAUUUCUGAAAGAAAAUCGGUGUGGGAAAGUACUUGGGGAGGUUAUUUUUCAAUUUUCUCCGUAGUGUCCUCAUCAAAUUUGAAAAGCCAAAAUAAAAAAAAAAAAACAAGAAAAUAUAAGUGUUAUUUAAAAUAUAUUAUGGCCUUCUCCAGUUUCACACAAAUUAAUUAAUUUGUCCAGGACUCCGGAAAUCGUAAUGGCCCUGGUAACAAUGUUGAAAUGUAUUGUUAUGGAUUACCAUAGUAACAUGGGUUAAAUAAAAACAAAUUUAAAGGUUGGAAACAUGGAUGAAAAAAAUAAACCUAGUGAAAUAUAAAAUAAUAUUAAAAAUAUUGUACGUUAAAAAACUGUCCAUGGGCGAAGCCGGGUAAUACAACUAGUACAUACGAGUACAUCGUAUAUAGUAUACUCUUAAACAAAUUGAUAAGAAUACUAUUAGUCAUAAAAUACUCGUACUAAUAAGUCCUCGCUCACGUUAUUUUCACACAAUAAUCGCACGUACAAACAAAAUGUAAUAAUAUAGUAAAGUAAAUUAUUAUAAUAUUAUGUCAAAUACAGAUUUCUAAAGUAUAUUAAUUAUUUAAAAGUAUUUUGAACAAGAAAAUACAGAUAUUCAAAAAUGAAAAAAAAUGUAUUUAAAAUACGUGUUUGAGUAUGAAUACUGAAUAUACGUUUGAAAAGUAGAUACGAAUACUUAUUUUUAGAUUUUGUUCCACCGCUAGAUUCGUACGGUUUAUUGUUGUACCACUCUAAGUAUAUAUGUUGAAAUCAUAUGAUGUUCAACAUAGUCAAAUGCUAUACGUUUCAAUUUAAAAUGCGGAAAACGAUUUAAGAAAUUAUAAAUGUAGGUACACCAAUUUCAAAUAACAGUUCGGUAUCAAUUGAACAUGAAUAUAUUUAAAACUUAUUUAAAAUGCAAUAUACAAUAAUAGCAAAUAAUCGAAAUAGCAUCUUCGAACAUUUCCCGGUGAAUAAGUCAAUUAUAAAUCAACCAUAAGUAUUAUAAGUCUGAACUAAUAUGUUCGUGAAGACUGAGUCAGUGUACACUUGAAUAAAAGUUGUAUACUCACGUAUACUUAACACACGUGCAUUUACUAUCCAUGUUCACGUGUUUUAGUGUUAUUCGCGUAAAUACGUGAGUAUACGACGCGCAAAUGGUUUUUUUAAGCACACGGUUUUAUAGAUCCGAAUGUUAAUCUCACGUGAAUACGUAAAAAGUGUGCGCACACGAAUAAAGGAACUCUAUAAUAAGUAGUCAGCCGUGGAGGUCAUCGCGAGCGCUCUUCGAAUUAAAAAAUACAUAUUAUUUAAAACCGAAUAUGGGGUCACCCCUUAAGUGGUAGAUGGGCGUUCGUUUACCGUAAGUGCAAAAUAAUUGAGUUUUUUUUUUUUUUUUUUUUUUCAGUAAUCGUGUAUUAUUAUCGCAAUAAUAAUAUAGUAUUACCUACGUCGUUGACAGUCGACUAAUAAUUUAUUGUCGACACGACGACGUGCAUUCAACGCUCGCACUAUAUAAUAUAGACGUCUCGAAUAAUGAUCGCAAUCGUAGUAAACAGUAAUAGUAAGAAUCGCAAUAAUAAUAAUAACAAUAUAGUCCGCGACAGCGGAAUUUCGCGCAUAAUUUAUAGUCGACGUAUUACUACAACGCGCAUCGUACCGUAAUCGAAAAUUAUUCAACCACGCGACGACGACGAUGGUUUGCGACAAAUUUCUCUCCGUCGUCAUCGUCGGUUGGGUACCGUUGCCAAAAGUAAGUAUAGUAAUAUUAUAAUAAUAUCCUACGCUGUUAUAUUCGUGCUGUAGGGUAGUCUGUAUUAUGGUUUAAGUAUAACGCGCCAUGACACACAUUUUUACCGCGGCUACUGCCGUCCUCCGCGAUGUCGAGUUUAUUAAUUUAGAUUUACAUAUUCAAAACAUAUUUGGUUCCACGGAAAAGGGGCUCGCAAGUAGAUUUUCGGAAUUUUUUAUUUUUUUUUUUUUUUUCAGUAUUGGCGACAAAUAGUCUGUAACGGUAUAAUAUAAUAUUAAAAAAAAAAAAAAAAGAUGUAACCUAACCUUUAUAUAUUAUAUAAAGGUUAGGUUACAUUCAUUUUUAAUUUUAUAUUAUACACUCCGUAAUUGAAGAAGUAAGUGUAACAACAAGGCAUCUUAAUCAUUUGUAUAUUUCUAUAUGAAAAAAAACAUUUCCGUCGACUGGUGCAAUUAUCGGACAAAUCCGACCGUUAGUAGUUACCGGAAUAUAAUAUAGUGGACGCAGCUUAUUGGACUCAUGUAUAUACGGUUCAGUCGCUUAUUAGAACCGAAAUCAAUUGCAACGGUCCGGACGUAUCCAAAUACGUUCUAUCCUUCCACCAUUUCGCCUGUAAGGUCCAUUCGGUUAUUGGACUCAAUUUGAGCUGGUCUUAUAAGCAACGUCCACUAUACAAAUAGACAUCUAUUUUUUUCUAAAAACAAGAAAUAGUCUGAAAAUGUUUAAUUUUUGCCUAUGGAUGUCUAUAAUAUGUCCGUGUUGUUGCCUUGGCCUAUUGACCACACUGAAUUUAUUUUACUAUCACUGACUACGUCUAUACGAGUUCCUUUGUAUUUUAUAACUUGUUUUGUAUAUAGGCAUACACGUUAUAUACGUUUACACGUAUAAAACCGUUCACAUACUAUUGUUAUUGUUUAAUCACUAUUGGUUAUAUUUUUAGCGCAACAACGCCAGAAAUUUCCAACUUUUAAAAUCGUUUUUAGACUCUCCUGAAUAUUUUAAUAAUUUUAAGAUUUGUUUUGGAAUCAACUUCUUCAAUUUUUUGAUCUGAACCGAAUAAAUGUAAGCAUUUUUAAAAUUUAAUUUUCCUGGAUUGAAAACUAUACAAAAUCGACUAAGUCCUUCUAAUCCCCGGGACCGAAUAUAUAACAAUAAUAUGAUACGGCUUCGUUUCCACCACCGCCUAUACAGUUUUUAUCGUCGUUAUAACUGAUACUUAUACUCGUAAUAAUAAUCCAUCGUAGAAUUUCGCAGAAGGAAACAUGUAAUAGAGUAGGAGGGGCGUUAUUCACGGUAAAAAUAUCCCCUGUAAAAAGUAUCUCUUGACUCUUAUGGAUAUACAUCUAAUGGGAAUAUCGAUAACAUAUAAACAUACUAAUACUGCUGAUGGGUUAGGUUAGGUUAGGUAGAAUGCACAAAGUUAUUUUAUUUGUAUUUUAAAUCAAUGAUAAACCAUUGCUAACAAAAAAAGAUUCUGAGCGAAGUUCGUUUGUACGUAACUUGAAAUAUCGUAAUAUUUACGAUUUUUAUCCAAAAUACAACAAAAUAAGUUCUGGUGUUAUUUUUCGAUUAGGUUAGGUUUCAAUUUUUCUGUUCAAAACGUUGUUUGAAUAGAAAAAUAAAAUGUUUUCAAAAAAAGUAGUAAAAUCAAUAGAUCUCUCGCACUAAAUGAUGCACAGUUAGGCACUGUCUAUUUAAAUAGGUAAACGUUUUCUUUCCAUUACAUUUUUCUAAACCAGUUAAAAACAAAAAAAAUAGAAUAAUAGAAAAUUAUUUAGUAUUUCUUUUGAUAAAUAAUUUUAAUAUCACUUUGUUAUUUUGGUUAAAACUUAAACUAUUAUUAAACUUUUAUUGACGAUAAAAUGUGUAGAAAAAACCUAUUUAUAUAACCAUGUUGUCUGCGUUUAUUUUUCUACGGAACUUAUAUAUUUUUACUUGAUAAAUAUUAUUAUCACAUAACAAGUCGAGUAUGCAGUCUAUGCAGUGAUACCCGAUGGAUGCGUGAUUGAAAGCGUAGAAGACUGUAGAAACAUAGACCGAUGUAUUUGAAGUAAUAACUACUAAUAGUUUAUUAAACGAAUUUUUUCAAAAGAGGAUGGUUUGGUAGAACCGAUUUGUAUACAAAUUUGUUAGUCCUCGCAAAAAACGUGUUUUACAUGCCACUGUUCAAGGGAAAUAUUGCAAUCUUAAAAAACAAAUUAAACUACUUAUAUUAGCAUAUUCGUUACAUAUUUACCGUUAUAAUAUUGUGUAUUAUGUAUUUUUGAUUCCUAGUGGAGCGAGACAUAUAUUUGGUUUUACCAUUAUGUGUGCAAAUUUGGUUUUCGUUCUUUGAGCAAAGAUUUUUAUUUUCAAUAUAAGGGUGAAUUGUCUUAUUAUCAAAUUUAAAGGUAAUAUAGCCUUAUAGUUUUUGUUUUUAUGGCAGGAUUAUUCCGAUUUUUUAAUUUUCAUGUGAAACAUAAACAAUUAUAAAUUGAGAUAUUUCGCAUUAUCACACCUCGCUUAAAAAUUAAAAUAAACCGAUUAACGAACAUAGAUAACAUUUUCUUACCUUAAAGUUAGUUAUAAUUUUGAUCAAUGGAAUAUUUUCGGGGGGUAGGGAGGGUUAGGGAUCCUCCCUUCAAAAGAAAAAAUUUGAUUCAAAAGUCAUAAAUGACUUGUUACGAAGGUAUAAAGAAAAAGAACAUAAAUUUAUACAGGGUGAUUUUUUUUAUCAUAAACUAGUAAUUAUCUCGGAAGAUUUUUAGUGAAUUUGAUUUAUAUUUUUUUUAAUCUUUGUAGAAUUUUUUAAACUUUAUUUUAAAACCAUAUUUAAUUUUUUACCCUUAUUUUUUACAUCUUAAAUAAGAACAUACUUUUCUAUAUCAAAUAGGAACCUCCCUUUUUUGAAAACAGAUUCAAACAGAGUACAUUUUUUUAGAAAAUUUUGAUAUGCAUAAAACUAAUAUCAGAUUUACCGUUUAUGAGUUAUAACUGUUUAAAGUUUAGACCGGAGGAGUAGAGAUAAGAGUUAUCAAUUAUCAUUAUUAGUAAAUAUAUAAUUUAUGAAGUAGUGAUAAAAAUUAAAAAUGGUUUUAAAAUAAAGGUUAAACAAUUAUACGAAGAUUAAACAAAAUAUAAAUCCAAUUCACUUAAAAUAAUUUGAGAUAAUUACUGGUUCAUGAUAUAAAAUCACCCUUUUUUAGAAAAAUGUUGAAUCCCCCCUCACAAAAAAUUUGAAAAUACGCCACUGAUUUUGAUUAUACUAUAAGAUAAUACAUAAAUUCUGUCGAAUAUUAAAACGAACAACACGGUAUUUUUCCUGCUAGACGCAAAUUUGGCACUUCGUGCGUUUUUUAACACGGAGACAGCACGUCAUGCGGAUGCAGGAAAAAUUAACUAAAAAUCGAAUGAUUCUCAAAAACAUCAGAUAUCGUAAAUUUGAUUUCAGUACGUCAUAAACGAUGACGAGAGUCGGGUCGUAUAUCGUAUUGUCAAUGUCAUUUGGGUCGGGCUUAUCGUCACGAAACUAAUUUAACGACUGGUGUAUCCAUAUUAUUUUAUUAUUGCGUGUUGUUAUUCAUUUUAAACCGUCACUCGAAACGUCCGUUAUUAAUUAUUAUUGCGUUCACCGCAAAUUCGAAUAAUAUUAUGUAUUAAGAUCGCACUGUUAUUGCCGUUAACGCCUAUAAGACAGGGGCGUGAAAGAAAAGUCACCCAAAAUCGAGUAGGUACACACCUACGUCGUUCGGUCGUAGUUUUCGAGUGACAACAACGUCACUGACAAUAAUAAUCAUUUUUCAAAUAAAUCGAAAAUACAAAUAAUUUAAUUAUUUAAAUUGAACAAAAUAUGAUUGAUGAUCGGCUGCAAUAAUUCAAUAGGAUUUUUAUAAACACAUAAAAAAUACGGUACACCCAACUCUCUGUAAUAAUUUGCAACGUGACUUUUGACCGACCACCGUUGCGUCAUUGGUUUUGUUUUUUUUUUUAUCAUUUCAUAAUAAAUGCGAUGAUUGACGAUGAUUAAAAAUGUACAUUUUUUGUAUUUUAUUUUAUAUUAAUUUAACGGGAUAUGAUCCAGGUGUACGUAGUUUGACAGAAAUACGAACAAAUUAAUAUUAAAUAGAUACAAUAUGUAAAGCGAUAACGAACUACACGAAAAAUAAUGACACUAGUAAAAUAUUAUAAUAUUACAACAACGAAAACAUUGAAAGGUCCACAUUACCAAGACUCAUUAGUAGGCUUAGGUGCUUUUAACAUUUGCAUAUUUUUUUCUGAAUAACAUGAAAAUAGCAGAGCAAGUAGAAAUCCUGUUCAUGUUGUACAGAAUCUAAAUCCAAAAUUUGAUUGCGCAUAUUUUUGCCUUCAAUUUUUUUUUUCUUAUUAGACCAUAUAUUAGCUGAAUGUAGCUUUUAAGUGCCAUAACAGACCAUUUAAUAUAUUUUUAAAGCAUAUUUUAGUACAUAUUUGGUUCUUUUUUAAAGCAUAACUGUAUGAUUUUUAGAGCUAAGCCUACUCAAUAGUCAGAUUAUUGAGACUAAAUCUCGCAUAGUUGUAACUGUAAAUAGGAGCAUCAAAAGUAUCAGUAAUACUUGUUUUUUGAGUCUUAGAUUUAAAAAAUUAGAGAUAGUAGAUAGAAGAAUAAUCGUGAUCCGAUCAUUCACUAUAUUAUUAAUGAUGAGUUUGUCAAAUUUUAAACCUUGCGCUGCACUUACUCUUACUAACUAUUGACCAACAUCAACAGCAACAGUGUGGGUGUCCCAUAUUAUUAAAUCGUUUUAUAUAAUAUCAUACUGUCGGUAUAUUAUCCUCACGAAUAAGUAUUCAUUUUUUCGAUUGGGAUAUUAAUUUCACAAGUAUGCUACGAGUUUUACUAUUAUAACAUCAUUUGGUUUACGAUUAUCGUGGCAUGUUGUUUAUAUACAAUAAUAUAACCCGUCAAAGUUUAAAGUUUAGCGUUUGUAUUUUAACAUAUUAUCGCCGCGUUCCCUCGAGAGAAAUUAUGUGUAGAAACCACGUUUAUGGGUCUGACACGGUGACCUUAUAGGCCCGUGUGGCUAUAACACGGGGCUAUAAGGGGGUUAAUUUACACGGGACUUAUUAACACCGUUACACCGUUCGGAUAUCCGAACCGACUUAUUAUGUGAACUAGUGUAUAAUAAUAUUUAUAGUCGGAUGAUACGUUUAACUUUGUUGAGGAUUUUUUUUGUUAUUUGGUAUUAGUACCCGAACACAAUUUAAAUGACUCAAAACCCGUUAAAUGGUUAUCGUCGGAAACUAUUUGGGAAAAUAUUAUCUGAAAGACCGAGAAUGAAGUAAUGGAAUGAUGUGAUCGGGAAGGUCAUGAAAUCUUUAACAGACGAGUGAAAGUGAAAGAUGUUAUCAAUUGAUUCGGAGAUGGCUGUAGGCUGAUUGAUCGUUAGACGCGAUAGUCCUUAAGAUACCGAAUAAACCAUAUAAAAAAAAAAAAAAAACAUUUUUAAAAGAUACCCCUCAGAAUAUACAGCAGAAUAAGAAACUACGACGUCGUUUUUAAUUUUUGGCAGUUAGUUGACCCAGAUAAAUGCAAUUCCCCUGUUCCUUUUCGUAUUUUAUAGCUAUACACGCUAACCGUUUCAACUUUUAAACACAACCUCAAAUUUUAUUGUCAAUUUAUUGAAACCACCCGGUCUUAGAAAACUAAAUCAAAGCACUUACAGAUAAUAUGAACUUUUAGUACUUAGCCACUUAGUUUUUCCGUUAUUUCUAGUGAACUUCCGAUUUCCGAGCUUAUAAUAUGCAUUAUAUUUCUUUAUCGCAAAUAUUACAUAAAUAUCAAGGUAUAAUAUAUAGACUAUGUCAUGGAAAGCUUGUAGAUUUUCUAGAAGACGCUCAUCAAUUUAAUACUUAUAACUUAUAUUGAAUGUACACAAUUCAUUAAGCAUUAACAUUAAUAAAGUCAUUAGGGUCAAAACUGUUGGUGAAAUACUAGAAAUACAUCUCUAAGCGGCCGAAUCACCUACAAUAUUCAGAUCUUUUCUUUCAAGACCUAAUCCGAAAAGUUAUACCAAAGUCACUUUCACUUGCAGAAAUAAAAUGUUUGGGAUUUUUAAACAUUUUUUUAAACUACGGUUUACUACCGUUUAAGAUCUAGAUCAUUCGAAUUUAAAAUUUCCACGGUUAGGUACUUGCCAUAAUUUCAAAAUGUUGCGUGAAGACAUGAUUAUUAAUUUUUUUUUGAAGCAGCCAUAAAAAUAAUAAUGUCAUUAUUAUUAUCAAAGUUUUCUUCUGUGACGAUGUUCACAAACAAAUAAAGCACGAUAGUAAAAUUAGCGAUAAAAUAUAAUAUUAUAUUAUAGUGAUAUCGGAGCGUAAAAAAUAAUUGAAUUUUCUUUACGGCAGCGGAAACAUUACGGAAGUAUAUUCGUUAUGAAAUUAAUAAGUUAAAGGUAGGUAUCUGAAAAUCUAUAAAGAUUGUAUUAUUUUCAUUGUGUUUCUCGAAAAAGAAAAUGCUAUACCGAAACAUUUAAAAUUAAGAUUAAAAAGUAGAAGUAUUCGUAUCCAAAUAGCAUGCUUACGAUAAUUAUUCGAAUAUUGUUAUUAAAAAAUUCGUACUAACAAAAAAUAAAUUGGCAAUUUUCCGUUUUUAUUAUACGAAAUAACAAAUUAUUCAUUAUUUGAGCUUGUUGCAUAAGCUGAAAAACAGAACAUCUAUAGGUACAGCAGUGGUCAUUAUGUUUAAGCAAAUUUCAUCGUAGAUACUUACGUAUAAUUUAUAAGAAACAAUAAGGAACAUCAAAUAUUUAAAAAAUAAUACUUGCGAGUUGUGUAUAGCACUAAGCAUAAAAUUUGUUAUUGAAAAAAAAAAUACAUAAUAAAACAAACAGCGAUUUUUUUUAAAAUUAAUUAUAUUGUUGGUAAAUAUUAUAAACCUUUUAUCAAGAGUACGUGCUAUCGUUAUUUUAUUUUAUAAUAAAAAAAUAAAAAGUAAACUCAUUGUUAUAGAUUUUACAAAAAAAAAUAUUUAAUUUUACUUAUUUAAGUAUAAGAUGCGAAGAAUAUUGUCUAUUUUUUCGGUUUUUCCCAAAGAAAAUUGAAAAAUGGCCUCCUCAGUGUACCAACUAAAUCCAAAAUUCUACAAAUCAGCUUUUUUAAAAAUAUAUUCUUUGCUGCAUUCUGGUCAGAUCACUGUUGUAGAUGGGAAGUUCAGAAGGUAGGCUACACAAAGUUAAUCAAAUUGAUGUUUGUAAGCAACGAUAAACCAUCGCUAACGAAAACCGAUUUGGGAUAAAGUUAAUUUAUAUAUGUAUUGAAAGGCCGCAGUAUUCAUUUCAAUAUCAUAUACCAAUUCGUUAAAAUUUUAUAUUGAAAAUCUCAUUAAAAAAAAAAUACUACAUUACACUCAGUUUUCUUUUUACUACUUUUAAUAGAAUUUCUUUCGAAUCCUGCAAAAUGUUCAAUAGUUUUUCUGUUUAAUCUAAUAUUUUUAUCCACAGAAUACAUACCAAUUACAAAUUACAUAAAACAACUCGACAAAUUAAAAUACUUAUAAAUAGCUAAAAUAGUUUUAAAAAAUAAAAACAAAAUUGAAAAUAAUAUCAUUAUAAUUGAAAUCAUUAUCAUCGUACAUUUAUAAAAAAUUUACAUUUACCCCCUUCUUUCAACGUUUUUUUUCGGUUUUGCUCAAUUAUUUAAAAAAAACUACAAGUAUGUAAUAUUUAUUACAUACAUAUAUUUUAAGCGAUAUUGACUACUCGUUAUUUAUAACAUAGUUUUUCGACUUAAGAUUUAUAUUUGAAAACAAACAUUUUAUAAACUUCGAUUACAAGAUAUUUUUACGAUAUUUAUUUAUGAAUACAGCACGGUAACGAAAUGUCCUUAACGACAGUACUUUUUUCGAAUAACACGAUUGCUAACGUUUUUACCUCGUACGUUUAGUACAAUGUUGUCAUAUCGGUAUUAUCGAUUUGUCACUGAUCGCAGCGUAAUAACAAUAUAUAGUGAAACCUGUCCAUAAGGAGACACUAAUGGGACCAUCAAAAGUGUCUGUUGGGUAUUUGUUGUAGAAAUGUUAAGUGUUUGUUUAGUCAAAUUUAUUAGGUUACUUACGUUUUCCCGGUGCCAAGUUGGCCGCGAGUUUACGAAAUAGACCAGUCGCUAUAAUAUCUUUGCUUUUUUAAUUUGUUGACAUAGUAUUUGAUACACAUUAUUGUUUUCAGCUUAUAAAAAUGUAAUCGGUCGAACGUAUAGAUCGUUUGUUUUCUUUGUUUUGCUGUAAAAUUGUUUGCGGUUAUCAUGACUACGUGAUAAAUAUCACUGUCCGUGUCCUUUGUAGGAAAAUUCCGUUACAGAUAGGUAGAAAAACCUUGAAAUACCUAUCAUUUUACCUGGACUUUGUUAUUUUAUAGUUUAUCCGACUAGAGAGGUGUCCGUUAUACACAAAUGCAGGAUUGGUUUCACUGUAUGUAUAAUAAUUUAUAGUUUAUAAAAAAAAAUGUCUAUUGUCGGUUAUUGUUUUAAAAUUUUAACUACAGUAAAACACUUAUCAUUAAAUCACGUAUCAAUACAUGUAUUUAUAUAAAAAAAAAAUAAUAAAUUAUAAUAAUAAUUAUUAGUUAAUCAUAUAAAUCAAUCGUAAAUUUACCUUAUACACUUACAUACUUUAUACAUAUUUAUAAAAUACUUUUGGGCAGAUAGUUUGGAAUACUUAAUCGUUUGAUAAAUGGUAUUUCGUCAGAUUUUAUAAUUUUCUCUUAAGAUUUGUCUUUCAACUGUUUGUUUAUUAUUGCCUUUGCAGCGCUAAAAUUAUGUUAGGGGCGGGGGGGAAUUCAUGGAAUGAACUCUGGUAAUGGCGUAAAUAGGCCUUGAUUUUUGGUGGUUAAGAAAUAUUUACAUUGUUUAUAUAACUUUCUUUCCGGGGCAGGAUUUAAACUUUAAGGGGCCCAGAGCAAAGAAUCUACAAAAACUUUUAAGAUUUCAACAUUUGAAAAAUUGCAUACUUCAUAGUUAAUAUUACUAUAAGUAUAUUUUAUUCAAAAUUAAAUCCGCAGAAAUAAAUAAAUUAUUAAACUAUAAUAAUAUUAUACCUGUAAAGUAUCAUUCACAGAGAUGAAACGUUGGAUUUUAUUAUUAUGAUAUAUUUAAUUGUGAUAUUUCGAAUAAAUUAUGUCUGAUAUUAACAAUAAUAUUUUUAUUUUGAACUGAUAACUACGGUGUGAGAAGAUCAUCGUCAAAUAACGUUACGAAAUAAUAUGACGACUACUAUGAUAUCGUACGCGUUACGCAUGAAAUAAAAUAUGUAUUUUGGAUAUUCAAUGCGUUGAUCCAGUUUCAGUGUGAGAAACGGAAUCAUCAGAUAUCAGCCAUAUAAUAUUAUGUUUUAUGAACGUAUAUUUUAGAAUUUCUAGUGGUUCAGAACGAUGUCUUUGAAUCACUAGAUAUCGAAUGCGGUGGUUCGUGUGGAUCCAUUCAAUGUACUUGUACGAAAUGAAUCAAUCCAGUUUUUUUUUUUUUUUUUUUUAAUAAACGUUUUACAUUGCGUUUUUUUACAGAAAUAUACUUUUAAAGUUAAAUUAAAUCACUCCAUAUGCGACCAUAUCGAAAUCCUAGUGACCUACCUACUCUAUAUUUGAUACAAACACAUAAUACCCUUUAUGACGUUUUACAUAUUGUAUGACGAAAUUCAAUACGUGCUGUUUAUCGUUCGCACACUACCAAUUACUUAUCCAAAUUUGAUAUAUACUUACGUUAUAGUGACUUAUUCUCUCGGCAAAAUAAACGUGCUCGUAUAAUCCUAACCUAACCUAUAUCAUAUACUUACGCGCGGUGUUUUCUUUUUGUAAGAUGAGUUUUGACGAUUCGAAUAGUAUUAUUGGUACGUAGUAAUGGAUUUUACCCGCGAAUUCUUAUAUUUUAUGUAUCCGUUCCAAUCUUGUUUAAUAAUUUAAUGUUGUAUUGAUUUAGAUAAACAUGCAUUGAUUAAAAUACUUUACUAAUUAUUAUUAACUGUAUGCUCUUCAUUUAGUUUUAAAUCCGGCGGAACACUGGAUUAAUUAUUGAUAAAAAAAAAAAAACCGUUGUUUUAUUUAUUUUGUUUUAAAUUAAACCAAUUGGAAUAGGGUCUAUUAUAAUAUUACUCUCCGUAUUAAAAGCAACAUUUUGAAGUGACUAAUAUUAAUAAUGAUUUCGAGGUAUACCUAUCUUUUUUAUUUUAUUUUGAGCGGAACCAGUGAGGUUUAACUAUGAUGUGCGUUUUUCUUUAUUUACAAAGAGGUUUUCAACCAGCUCUUAAAAUUGUUGGAGAAUUUUCGUAAAUUUUUUAGAUCUAGUUGGAAAGUCCAUUUUUUUUCUUUUUACUUAUACAUAUAAAUAUGAGGGGAAACCCGAGAAAAAACGGUCGGACAAACUGUAAUAUUUACAUUAUACGACAUUGGAUUUUAUCAAGAAUAAUCAGUAAUGCAAUUGCACCGUGUUUCUUUUUAUAAUAGUUCCAAAUUCAAGUUUUGAAAAAUAAAAAAACUCGUUAUUUGUAACGAAUAACUGUGGGAAAUAUUAUUUAAUAGUUACAAAAUAUUAGUACGAUUUUUUAUUUAAAUUCGUGGCAACAAAAGCUCGAACGAAAUGCCACUCAGAAUGAAUUUUUUAUUGAAAUGAUAUCGGUAUCUGAAGUGGAGGUCCACUGCUUCUGAAAUCCCAUCCCAUCCUCUUGUGUUCGCCAACGCCUUCUCCUAUGAUAAUACCGUAAAACACCGUUUUUCGUUCUUAUCCCAAUUAAAAGUCGAGCAUAACAAUAAUUGUUCUUUAGAUACAGCUGUCACACGACACGUCUGCAAGACGGCAGCGGUGUCGAUGUACACAUUAUAUUUAAUGCAUCCACAUGGUAAAACCCUUGCCCGAUUAAUUCGAUACAAAAUGUGAAUUGUGUGUGUGCGUGCGCAUGCGUGUGCAUUAAUAAAUUAUAUGCGAAUACGAAUUGAGUUUAAUUGAAUUUUCAUCCUGAUAUACGUAUAAUAGGUAUGCGAGAAACCUGAGAGAAGGCACCUACAAUAAUACCUAUACAUAAUAUAUCUAUAUACGGUUUUUAAAACGAACACUUUGAAUAAUUAAAACCGGCGAUAUAUCUGACGAAUAAAUGGAUUUAACGUAAUAUUUAUAAUGGUAAAUAUGUUAUAUGGCAUGAAAUAGACAAAAAAAAAAAAAACAAGAAAAAAUUAAAAUUUGAUAUACCUACAACUGUUUACAUUAAUUUUGUUUCAAUUAGACGACAACACUGCCAAUGCUGCUUUUUUUUUUUUGUUUUUAAAGAGGCGGGUUAUGAUAUUAUUACCGUUUUUUCAUGUGCGGAUUAUGUUUCCAAAUCGAAACAACAUCUUCAAUUCGCAGUCUACAUCUUAUUAUCAUAGGUAGUAUUUAGUACGACUAUAGACAAUUUUUAUUUUUUAGAAAUUUACGGCAUCUCUUCUGAUAAAUUUUUCGGAAAAAAAAAAGGAAUUAAACAAUACUAAAUCAAUGAAACUCGUAAAAAAAAAAAAAAAAAAAAUAUAAUAAUAAUGACCGAUACUUGUUAAUUCGGUUGAUUCGGUUAAAAAAUCUGAACUAUUACAUAAUACACAUACUACGAAUUUCUAUAGAAAAAAAUCGUGUGUAUCGUGUUACAGGAUUAGCAAGCCGGCACCAUCGUAACUCCACAAUUAUCGGCAACAGCACCAACACCAUCACCGGCGGUACACCGGCACGAUGUGACCGUCGUCCGGCAGGUGGCCGGCCACCAUGGACGACGUGUGGUGGUACGACACUGCGGAGUCGGGGGCGGGCGUUGCGAAAUCGGGUGUCGGCAGUAACGGCACGUCGUGUGGCGGCGUAGUGGCCGGUGUCGGGUGUGGGGUUGGUCAAGGCAACAAAACGGCACAGACAGUGGCCGGAGACGAGGCCGGGGCCGGCGUCGGCGUAGUCGGCGCAGCGGCGGGCGCGGAUGACGGUGGCACUGACGUGGCCACCGCGGUGGGUCCAGUGCUCGUCAUCAAGACGGUAGCCAUGUGCUCGAUAAUACUGUGCGCCGUGCUGGGCAACGCGCUGGUGGUGAUCAGCGUGGUCCGGCACCGCAAACUCCGCAUACUUACCAACUAUUACGUGGUGUCGCUGGCGUUCGCUGACUUUCUGGUGGCCCUGUGCGCCAUGUCGUUCAACGCCAGCGUCGAAAUCACCGGCAAGUGGAUGUUCGGUUAUGUCAUGUGCGACGUCUGGAACAGUCUGGACGUGUAUUUCUCUACCGCGUCCAUACUGCACCUGUGCUGCAUCAGCGUGGACCGGUACUAUGCCAUAGUCAGUCCACUCCAGUACCCGAUUACCAUGACCCAACGCACCGUUUUGUACAUGCUGCUCAACGUGUGGACGCUGCCCGCACUCAUAUCGUUCUUGCCGAUAUUUUUCGGCUGGUAUACCACCGCUGAGCACCAAGCGUUCCGCCGCAAGAACCCAAUGUCGUGCGUGUUCGUCGUCAACCGUUACUACGCGAUCAUAUCGUCGUCCGUGUCGUUCUGGAUACCCGGAGUUGUCAUGAUCGUCAUGUAUUACAGGUUAGUAUUCAACGCUCAAUAAUCAAUAUCGUAAUAAGCACUCUAAGGCUAUACAGGGUGAUUAUUUUAUCAUUAACCAGCAAUUUUCUCGGAGGAUUUUAUAAACAUAAUAAUAUGCAAUUUAUUACCCUUUCAAACUCCUCUGAUCUAAAUUAUAAACCGUUAUAACUCAUAAAUGUUAAAUCUAAUACUAGUGUUAUAUAUAUCAAAAUUUCUAGAAAAAUAUUUUCUAUUUUAAUCUGUGAUUGAAAAGGAAAGUCGCUAAUAAUGGAAAGUAGAUGCUCAUUUCCGUUUUAAGAAGUGAGACUAACAAAUUGAAAAUAGGGGUAAAAUAAAACUUGUGCGAAUGAUUAAAAAAAAAAAAAAAGAAAUCAAAUUCACUCGAAACCUCAGGGAAACUCGCUAGUUCGUGAUAAAAUAAUUAUUCUAUAUACAAUAUUUAAAUGUAGGUACAAUGUAUAUGUAACUGGCAAUAUUGAUAAUUUAUGUUCUUUUUUCUUUUGCAUAAUACAUAGACGCAACCGAUUGGUUUUAGAAUGUAAUGAAUAAAACGUAUAUUAUACAAAAUUACCUAAGUAUUUUAUGGUAUUUACCUAGGCAGUAGCUAAUUUAACCCACGAAGUAUAACGACUAUUCGUGUUUAUUGCGUUUUUUGAAAAAAAUACAUGCAUUAUUUCGAAUCAUAGUCCAUAGUAAAUUAAUAUAAUCUUUGAAUAUACAAAAAUCACUCAUGCGACGCAGUUUACGUGCGAUGCACUCUGACACUAAUCAACCGAUUUUAAUUAGAGAAUGCUAAUUACGUAUGAUUUGGUCCGACGUAAGAGAUAGGAUAGUCUUAAUUGAGACUUGAUUUACGCAAAACGUUAUUAAUUAACAUUAAUGAAAUCAACAGUAAUCAAGUUUAGAUUAUGUAAAACGGAACUUAACCCAAUUGAGUUUAAAAGUUAACUUUUUUGCUUUACUUUAGUCAAUAAUAUUUCAUGCAUACCAUUGAUAUUAUUAUCGGCGUAAUUUUAUAGAGUAAGACGAUGUAUACCUUGUAUACUAUGCUCGAGGUAUAGACAAAACAAAAAAAAAAAAGAACCACUAUCAAUAUAUUUCCGUUUUUUUCGCGAGGAAAAAAACAACAUGGAUAACUUAUUAUACCACGUGCUGACAGAACGGUAUUAUUAUUAUUGAACGUUUUUCCGACCCGACGUACUCGUAUAUAUUUCAGGUAUCGAUAUAUUUGAUUUAGAGUCCAAUCAAACUUUAUAGAUUUAGUAUCGAAUGUAAAAGAAAAACUUCAUAAAUAUAUAUAUAUAAUUUAUAAGUAUAUUUAUAUAUACGAACAAAAUUAUCUGUCGUUAGUUUUCUAUUUUCGAUAAAACUACCUAUGUUAUAUUAUAACAAAUUUCCAAACCGGUCAAACAAUGAUCGAACAGCAAUUUUGUUUUCAUCAUUUUCUUUCGACAAGCUAAACAAUUUACGGUAGAAUUCGAAUUUAUCGUCAAAGUUUUAAUACUAUUUGUAUUAUGUAGUUUAUAUACAGCUGGGUUAUUAUUAUAUUUAUUGUACUCGCCAACCCCCAGUCUGAUUCGUGUAUUCCGAAAAAUAUGACGUGAUCGUAAAACUGGAGGUCGUGCAAUCCUCAAUUUUCGACCAUAGUCCUAUAGAGAAAGAUACUGCCAGUUCCCCAUACCCUUCACAUAAAACAGCAUUAUCAGAACGAUACAGAGAAUGUUUAAUAAAAUCAUAUAAAACACAUCACAGGAUUAGGCCUUAUAAAAACAACUCGGGAAAUUGUAUAUAUUCUACCGUCCCCAAAAAAUACCCAAAGGACCCGUUUCGCUUAUUAUCACUUUCUAUCACUAAUAUUUUUCCUCGAAGAAGCGUCCUUACUGACUGCUUACUACGAUUAAUCAAUAUAGCCUACGUCCAAUUAACUCCUCUGAUAGCUUAUUGCAGUCUCGACCGAUCUAUAAAAUGAUCCCUCAAUAAAAAAAAAAAAAUCUCGAUUCAUAAUGUGCGGUUUAAUGGGAUAGUGGGUCACAGAAACAAAAAAAAGAAAGUUGAAAUUAUACAAAACACAUACUGGAUGUCCCACAAUACCCACUGAAAUAUUUCCAAAGAUAAUAAAGGUAAUCAAAUUCUGUUUUGUAUAUUUUUCUCAGAGAUGAGGACUUUGGAUACACAUAUUUGAAUUAGAUUUUUAAAGAUGGCCGUUUUAUUAUUACUAUGGCUAAAUAACCGGAUACAUCUUUCUUUGAAAUUUGAACAAUUACUAAAAACCAUGAAUUAAAUGAAAAUAAAAUAUUGAUGCGUCAACAAUUUUCAGAAGAAUAUUAGUAAAAUAGCUUUAAAUUUCAAAUUUUUCAAAAAAAAAUAAAAUAAAAACUUAUUUUUUUAAUUUUUUUUUACCGAAACAUACAAAAUUUAUUGAAAUAUUUGUAUUUGUAGUCCUAAUCCUUGUGAGUAAUAUAAAAAAAAAAAAAAAAAAAAAAAUAAAUUCGACAAUCGUAGUAAUCUCUAGGAAUACUAAAACGGGUAUGUCAUCGUGGGACACGCUGUAUACUACCACAUCUGAUACAAAUUAAGAUUUAUCCUGGAAAUUUGCAUAUUUCGCCGUUGGAAACCCAUGUAGUUAUAUUGUCAUUUAAUUUGGCAUUUGGAAUAAUUGUUUUAUUACUAGAACUAGGCUACAUCUGGACAUAAUAUAAUUUUUGUCUGCAACCGAUUAUAAGAUUAUAGACGCACGGGAGAUCGCGUACAGGCUACCAGCUAUGAAAUAUCCUAAUUGAAGCUUAACUGUUCAAAUUAUUAUAAAAUUUCUAUAAAUCCAAUACUCGUUCUCGGCGUUUCUUGUAACAAUUAUUUUAAUAUUUUGCCGAGACCGACUGCCAACUUCGCGUUAAAUGCCGUCGACCCGAAAUAAUCCGAUCGUCAAUUCCGUGGAAUGAUCGUGAGCCUUCUGUGUGCGGCGUUCGGAUGGCGGCGGCGGGUGAUGGUGGUGGUAGUGGUGGUGGUAGCGAAUGGAAUUCGAGGAAGAGGGCGGAAGUUAAUCGGUACAGUGGAGGUCGUUUCCGGUUUACACAGUGUAUGCGUAUAAUAGUAAUGUCUUUAUAUAUAUAUGGGAGGAGAGCGUUACGUAAGCCGUCGUCAAAAGACAGGAAACGAGUAAACUUCAAACGAUACAGUAGUAUUGUGCGCCGUGACCGCGGUCGCCGGAACCGUCAUUUUCGCGACCGCCCGUCGCGCGACCCGCCGGUCGAAUUAUUCGUCGUUUCCCGCCACCCGGUGUUGUUUUCGCGGAACAAAGGCCGGACAAAUUUCGCCCGUUGCCGUUGUAUUGUUAAUAUAAUUAUUCAAAGUCUACGUAUACCUAUAACAUUCUGCUGCCUGGUGCGCGCCGCUGCGAAGCACGCGGCAACUGCCUACUGCGUUUCCCUUCAUACAAGGCAUACCGCGGCCGUAGAACUUGUUAUUCAAUACGAAAUAUCGCCGCGGCGUUCGUGCGGCCGUCGGUAAUUCCGGGCGAUUACGCCCGUGACCGGAACUCCGCCGUCGUUAUGGCUGCGGACGUAACGCUCGGCGGCCCGCGGCGGCGGCGGCGGCGGUCGGUUCUUCCGUUUUCAGUCUUAACGAUUUUGAACACGAUUCAAAACUUUUGAUCGGAAAACGACGACGGCGUCGUGACGUUCCCGCGGUACACGGUAUCUUAUAUCGUGUUUUUAUAACCGUGGUCUCGUGCUCAUAAUUAGCAAAGGUCCAGGCCGAGUUCCAUUGUCCUCUGAACGCAGUCAAGGAUAAAAAAAAAAAAAAAAAAAAAAAAAAAAAUAUUACGGUAUUUAGACCUCAAAUCUAGACAAACCUUGUCAGACUUAAGUUGUUGACUAAGUUAUGGCGGAAGUGAUUUUUAAUAUUCCGAAAACUGUAUGACAGAGGACAUCAAUAGACGAAUACCAUGUUUCUGGUAUUAAUUAAAGAACUUAAAUAAAUUGUUUAUUUCAAUACCUAUCGACAUUUAAACCGGAUCUGACCGGAACACAGUAAAUUUCAAUUUAAAAAAGAGUUGAUACUCGGGAUGGGAGCGGCCACUGUUAUAUGUGAAAAGUUGGGAAGGUAGGAUAUAUAUGACGUAUAUGGUAAUUUCAUUUAUAUCUGUAAACAACAAUAAACCAUUGAUUGACAAAAGACGAUUUCGAGUGCAGUUUGCUAAUACAUAAUUUAAAGUGCCGUAAUUUUUUUUUUGCGAUUUUCGUUUAAAUAUGAUUUUAAAAUGCUUAUUUAAAAAAAAAAUUCAUACGAUCAUUUUGAAAAUUUGAUCACGUCUAGGUAAGUCAAAUAUAAGUAUUAUUAUCAAGUUUCUACGUGUGUUUAUGGUCAUAACCGAAUUACAGCAAAAAACUACCAAAAAUUAAAAUUCCUUAAAAGCUCAAAAGUGGCUCAAAAGUUUUGACAAUAAUACCGUAAGAAUGUAAACAAAAAAGGUAUCUAGUAAUUUUUUGACUAAAUCAUUUUUUUCUGGUAGAAAAUGUCGGCCGUGUUUUUUUAAAAAAUAAUGAAAUAGUGAAAUUGUAAGUUUUCGGUUAAGCGUCUUGGUUUAAUUUUUAAACUCGAUAAAUAUAUUCCUAUACCAUUUUCAUGGAGCUGCUGCCCUUUAUUUCAUAGUUCUCCUUAAUAAUACUUUACUCCAACAGGUUUAUAGUGUAAAAGAUCUUGGAAUCCUUCUUACGCCUUUUUUAAAUUUUGAACAGCAUAUGGUUACAGUGGUUACUACAGAUGAAAGAGCUUUAAACGUGUUAGGGUUUGUUAAACAAAAUACGGUGUCUUUUACCUCUUUUAAAUAUCUUCGCACCUUCUACUUUUCCUCAGUGCACUCUAUUCUCGAAUACGGAGUAAUGGUUUGUCUCUUUACCUAGCAAAGAACCAAUUAAUAUUAGAGCACGUUCGACAUAGGCUCUUAUCCUACGCCACGUAUAUACUCAAGAUAGACCAUCCUCCUCACGAUUAUUCCCUGAUUUUAAACACCCGAAAAAUAAUUCUACCUUCUUCUUGACAUUUGGAUGCUAAUUUGGCCUUUAUCACCUCCCUUUUUAAAUUGCUCAUUAAAUAUACCUGAUCUGCUAGCCAUGAUUUCUUUUCGCAUCCCAUCAUAUGGUACUAGAAGCCAUCAAUUAUUUCACGUCUCCACUCAUUCUAUGUCCUACGGGCAUAAUCACCCCUUCAUAGAAUGCUGUGUAAUGUAAAUGGUUCUAAUAUCGAUACUGUCCUAGUUUGAUUUUAAAGCUUCACUUAUCAAUUUUAUAUAUUUUAAGUAUGUAUAACUUAGUUGUAUUUGUAAAUAUUCUCAAAUAUUUUUUUGUUAUCUAUAAUAUUUCUUAUGUAUAUUGCCAUUAGUCGUUGAUUUUCAAAAUUAAAAAAAACAAAUAAAUAAAUUAUCCCCUCUGAAAACUAUUAAUAUGUUAACCUACAUAGUAACAAUAACAAUCAAUAUUAGAUUACAGAAUUAUUUUUAAAUUUACUCAAGUGACGAAAAAUCAAUUAAAAUUUUAUUUUUAACAUACCCAAGUUAACAUAAUAUAGAAAUUAUAAUAGAACCAUAUUUAAAAGAUAUAUAAAACUGACACGAUCUGGGAAAUUUAGGAGAGGGAAUCAUGUUAAAAUGUAAAAUCAAUAGAUGAACUGAUGUGCAGCUGGUGCAUAUUUUUUCUAUGUAUGUGAAGUAAUAGGUCGUGAAUAUUGAUUAUUCGAUGUGUGAAGCGCGCGCAAGAAGUGAAAUCGUUUAAAGGAUUGUUUAAAUAAAAUAAUGAGAAAAAAAAAAUUAAAUGUUCACGGGAGCAAGAAAAAAUCGAUUAUGUGUCUUUCCUGAGAGAUUAAGGUCCACGAAAGAGCCAAGGACGGCUAUGACUAGUGAGUGUUUAUAGAUAGGUAUCUACUGCAGUUAAAAGUGGAAAAUUGGCAUAUAUAUAUUUUUUUUAAAUAUUUUUAAUUCACGGUUAUUGAAAAAUAUUAGUAGUAUAAAAUAUAAGGCGAUGCUAUAAAACAUUAUUGUAGUUUCUUGAUUUUAUGCAAAGUAUUCGGAUUAAUAUUCCAAAAAAAAAAUCUAAAUUUAUAACUUCUUACUAGGUAUCGCCGGGUCUUGUCACACGAAAUCUAUAUUUCCUCCCAUUAUAAUAAUUGUAUUAUUAUAGUCCUUAUACGUCCCGUGGUGGUUAUGAAUUAAAAAAUUAUUCGAGAGACUUUUAAAAUUUAAUUACUCCACAACUUGGAAAUAAAAUAAGAAAAUUCUAAAAGUGAAAAAAUAUCAACCUAUUGUUUAAGUAUAUUUUUUACAUAAAUUAUAUAAAAAACAUCAGUGGCGUAACUAGGUCGAGCUACCCCCUAAUUAGUACGUAUAAAUUUAUAAAAUAUAUACACUUGAUAUUUUUUGAUUAAAUUGUCAAUUUUCAAACAUAUAUGGAUCCUUCCUUUGAAAAUAUUCUGGAAAAUACCACUGAAAAGUAUAUAUCUCACCAAAAUGAUUCGAUUGUGAAAUAUUCUAAUCGAAAUGUUAAUUGUGUGAUGUUGGUCAUAAACUUUUUCGUUGAAACACUAUUUUUUUGAUAAGGUUACAUAAAAUAAUCUCAAAUUAAAAUAUAUAACAUCAAAGAAUCGAAAUUUUGUGCAUUAUUAUAAAUCCAUCAUAAUUUUAUGGAUCAAAAAUUAACCUUCUUUUGUCAUAAUAUACUCAUCCAGAUCGAAAAAAUAACUGUUAUUGAGUAUAAUACUAGACUUCUGCACGAUAUCUGUUUUAAGUUUUUCUGAAAUUAUUUAUUAACCCGGAACAGUGAAAUAAGAAAAAAAUAUACAUUACUAAAGAAAUAUUACGAAUAUCAAUAACUGCGCUGUAUACUUAUUCAAAUUCGCUCUCCCUGACCUACCUACUAAUAUAUUACAGUGAAACCUCCCUUAACGGACACCUCUAAAUAGCGGACGUUUUUUCGGGGACGGAUUAUUGAAUUUAUUAAUUUGUUAAAAAACAUGUUUUCCUCUAAAUAGCGGACAAAAUUUCGGCGACCGAGAGUGUCCGCUAUUCAGAGGUUUCACUGUAUAAUAAUUUAUAAAUUAUCUCAACAUCUACACUAUAUUAUCUAAUCAAAAACUUAGAGAAAAUCGUCGAUACGUUUGGUUAGAAAUUAAUUAACUAUUAAUAAUAUGUAUUUUUAUGAAUGGAAACGUGUUUUUUUUUUAGUUUAUUGAUUUUUUCAUCAUUUAUAAGUAAAUAUGAUGGCCACUUCAAUUCUAAUAUUUUAUGUCGGCCAACAUGUCAUAUAUUCUAAUUAACAAAUCAAGGUCGUAAAAAUCACGGUAUUUCACUUACUGUUUUUAUAUUCAUGUGAAUUCAUCUUUUUUCGCUCCAUAAAUAUUUAAAAAUUCGGGACGAAAAAACGAGAACGGUUAUUUGUAAUAUUGUCUAGGUCCAAAUUAUUAAAACGAUUUCCAAUUCAAAUCAGUCAAAACAUAAUAACAUGUUUAAAACCAAACUCUGUUCAGAAUCGUUUUUCGUUCGCUACAAUACUUUCUAUUGAAAAAAAUAUAAACGAUGCAAAAAAUUAAAUCGUAUAGAACCCCGUCAAAAUUGAUGUGAACAUAUUUAAACGGUUUCAAAAACUAUUACGGCAGCUCGUCGUGAUAUUGAUAAAAUGUAUAAAAUAUAUUAUAUUAAUAUGUUAAAAUAUCGUUUCGUAUAUGGAUUCAAAAAGUUUAUAAACCGAAACGGGGAAAAUCGUCAGUCGUGUAUUGGCGGUAAGUGCACUACACCGCAUCAGUAAUCCGGGUGUUUGAUUUAUCGCGGUUGUCAAUUAUUAAGAAAGUUUUUGAUAAUAUUUUCGGUCCAACUCACGACGAGAGACUUAUAAUAAUAAUAAAUAGGUACCGAUCGGAAGAAUAAAUUGUGUUUGUAAAUUUUGCCGUAUCGAUUUUCGGGACCCCUCGCAUACACUAGCGUGUGCCUUUCGUAUCGAACGAAAUGAAAAUAGAAAAAAAAAGAAGAGUUUAUACUGUUGAUGGAUAUGCCACUGUUAUAGGUGUGAAGUUAGGAAGGUAGGAAGCAUAAAGUUGUUUUUUUUUGUAAUUUUAAGCAAUGAUAUUGCUAACGAAAAACGAUUCAGAGCAAAGUUCGUGUAUACAAAAAAGACCGUGUUAUAUUUACGAUUAUCAUCAACAUUUGAUCUUAAAACCAUUAUAAAAAAAAGAGUACAUUUCAUUCUUCUGUUUUUUUCUUUGGACUACUAAGUAAAACUUAUAAUGGACUCCCUGUUUAAAUUGGUGAGAAUUUUUUGUUUGGUCGAACAAUUAUAUUCACAUACCAAAUAAAAACUACAUAAAAAAAACUCGCAAACAUAAGAAAUGCCUUUAAAUAAUUCAUAAAUGCCAAAAUAUUUUGAACAUUUCACCAUGUUUAACAAAGGAAAACAGGAAAAAAUUCUUCUACCAUAAUUUCAUGUUUCUAUAAAUAUUUAAACUGAAUUACAAAAAAAAGAAAAUAAAUUUAAAAAAAUGAAACCAUUAUUUCCGAAAAAAUUCUCGUCCUUUCUACGUGUUUUCUUAUUCAACAAUUAAAUAAUUUAAAUCACAAUAAAAAUAUUUCACUUGUAAGUUUUUGAUAAAAACAUAAUUUUUGGUAGAAGACAUAAUUCGUAAAAAUUGUAAAUAUUCAAAUCGGGAAAAAACCAAAAUUCAACAAAAUAGGUCUCUAAUUAUUUUUCGGUUGGAAUAAGUUUAUGUUCGAAAGAAUGUUUACAUACAGAAAAAAAAACAUAUUAUAGUCAAACCAAUAGAUCCCUCGUUCCAUCCUGAAUCUAAAAUGAAAAUUAUUAUAAAAUACAUUAUAAUAUAAGGGUCUUAGUGAUUUGGAUAAGUAGUACAAUAAUUAGAUACAAGUUCUAUACUAUUUUGGUGCCAGUAUUCGGUAAGUAAUAAUUUACUAGCUGAGUUGAAUCGUUUAAAAGUAAUACAAAACAUUUUUCUUCUCAUUUUUAUAGACUUCGCACUUAGGAUUUAUUUUUCCAGUCACUUAUUUCAUAAUUUUUUUCCCUUUAGAAAUGACGGUUCCAAGGUUUUAUUUUCUGAAAUUCACAUUUUUAUGUAAAUAUCUAAUUGGAUACUUUUUAAAACUUCUAUAAACUAGUAAAUAUUAAAAUGAAUAUUGUGAUUUAUUUUUUUAAAAGUCAAAUAUUAUUUUUAACACUACGUUAUUAGUCAACUAGCGCUACUUUAUGGAACCCGAGACACAAUUAGUUACCUACCCUUAUAAAUCCGGGACCCAACUCGUAUGAUGUGCCGAUAUUUUUUAGUUACAUAAUAAUAACAAACAUUAAUGCAAAUUCACAUAAAAUAAAUGUUUGUAUUUGGUGAAUAAAAUUCUAGAUAUUCACAUUGAAUAACCACAGGUAUUUAAUUUUAGAUUCUGAGUGAAAUGUGAAAUGUAUUGGUUUCAUAAUGAUGUUAAUUUUUAUUUUUAUAUUUUUACUGUGGACCACUUUUCUACCAGCAAUUUUGCUGCAAAGUACAAUGAUAUCACUUUUCUGAAAAUAAAUUUGACUAAGAAGGUAAUUUAAGGAGGUUACUUUUUAAUUUUCUUAGGAGUUUGGAUGAGCAACAUGGGAAAACCAGAAAAAAUGUAUAAAAAACGGAAAAAUAGAUACAAUAUUAAACAAAUAUUAUUAAAGAAAAUAAUUUAUGCAUGGGCAAAUAAUUUUACCAUAAUAUACCAUUUAUAUUGUUGACAUAGCAAAACUAUUAAUUGAAUUCCACUCAGAAUCGGUUUCUCGUUACCAAUGGUUUGUCGUUGCGUACAGAUAUACAAUCAAUUUCUUUUCUACUACCUUUCCAACUUCUUAUCUACAGCAGCGGUCCACCCAUGUGUGAAGUAUGUCCAUAUUCUUUUUUGUUUGGAGAAAGGGGUGUUAUAUGCCCAGUCAAAUACUAAAACGAAAAAUAAAAUAGUACAAUUUAAAAUUGCAAGAUCUUAAUAUAAGGUUUUUGAGUAAUAAUAUUUAUUGAAAAGUAAACUCGAUCGGCACAGAUCACUGGAUUUUCUUGCUAGUAAUAAUAUGCCAGAGCUGUUAAAAUUAUUAAUCACUACCAGCAACGCUAUAACAUCUGCGUAUUACAAGUGUUUCCAUAAUGGCAUUUUUUUUUUUUUUAGAGACCUUUUACAAUGAUUUUUUGAUGGUGUACUUAGUAUAAUGUAUUAUCACUUGCCAAUAAUUAUUGUUCGGAUGACCCCCGUUUCUUCCGCGAUUAGUUCAAUUGUUCACUUUUUAAUGGAUGACCCUUUUGUAAUUUGUCUUUUCUAUUAUUUCUUUUCCGAUUUUGCGAUGUCUUUUGUGCUUUCUUUUUCUAUACGAAUAUAAGUACUAAAGCUUGCAGACUGCAGUGUUUCCGAUGCGACAUUAUUUUAUAUCAACAAAGGAUAUCGAUAUUGUCAGCAAUAUACGCGUGUGCAGGGUAAUAAUAGAGUAAGAGGUUUGAGAAUAAUUUAAAAAAAAAAAUUUUUUUCAGUCAGCAAAACAACUUUAAAAUUCGAAAUUUCGAAUAUUUUUAGACCGUCUCAAAAAUAAUUACUGUGCAACAAAUAUUACAUUCGAAUGCUAAUAACUCCGAGUAAAAAUUCCCGUCUAUAUUCUACCUUCCCAACUCUCCACCUCCACCAGUGGCUGCACUCGUCCCAUUAUCUUAUCUUUCUUUUCUUUUUUUUUUUUGUAUGGACUAGGAGUUGGUCGGAAAUGUAUAAUACACUUUUACUGUUAUUGAAAACGUUGAGGAAAACUUGGGGAAAAUUUGAAAUGAGAGAAAGGAAAGAGGAAAAGAUUAUUUUUAAAAUUUAAGAAGAUUUAUUUAUUUGAUUCUUAUAUCGUCUUCUAGGCCCAAAAAUAUUUCCAUCAUUUUUUGUUUCUACAUGCAGCGAAGACUACUUUUUUUCUGGACGUGUAAUUGUUUGCUUGUUGAGAUAUUUCUUUCUCUCUCGAUUAUUUGCGCAAUAUUCCUUAAAUUUUAAGGACGUUGUCGUUACAAAAAAAAAAAAAAAUGUAUUUAUUCAAUAAGGUUAUAUUUUUCAAAAUUACAUCAAAUGAUUUAAGUAUUUGGACGUAACCGUUGGCCCAAAAUGUGUAUAAUUUAAUCCAAGAAAUAAAACAUAUUUUGCCGUAUCCUUUAGUAUUGAAAAUUCAGUAAAAUGAUAAUAACAUCCAAAUAUCGCAAACAUUGCAUAUUAUAUAAUAUUUAAGUACAGACCAUUAAACAAAAAAAUAAAACGACACUACACUAUUAAUGUUUAAUGUUAUAGUAGCAUAUAAACAAAAUAUAUUAUAUAUAUAUUUGAAAAAAAAAACUGAAAUAUUAUUUAUUCGAUGCAUUGGAAACACGUGUGAAUUCGUUUUUUCUUUUCUGUGCACAUCAUUUAUCAUUUUUAUUGGUACUUUACGAACCCUAACCCUUUAAAAAAUAAAAACUACAAAACCAAUAAUAAUACAACGUAUAAACAAAAUAUAUACAAACUUCCAUAGGUAGUAAAAAGUCGUCAAGUGUUAAAAAUUUGAACUACUUAAAAUCACUUAGCACUUGACAUAUUAUUUUAUAGAACGUGAAUAUUUUCUUAUAAUAAACAAACAUGCGUUCAUAUAAAACAUUUUGUCCGGUUAUGGAAAUAUCUAAGACAAGCAGAUUGUGACAAGACAUUCCGAUUUAAGUAAAAAAUUACCGAAUUUUUAGUGGAUGUCCUGUUAAAACUUUAAUUCUAGUCGGGAAAGUAAAACCUAUCGAUUAUCAUUUAAUGUCUCAUCUUGAUCUCGUAAUUUUAUUGUAAAAUAAUUGAUUAAAUAAAUUAGUUGUCUAAAAUAUGGUAAUAAUCGUAAAAUAGUAAUGAUGUAAAUUAUAAUGAUAUUAUAACGCUAUUAAUAUUUUUUAUUUUAUUAUAUUGUUUUAUGCAAUCAGCACUAUCAGCAUUAAUAUUAUUAUUGUUACCGUUAAAAUAUAUUUUGGGUAAAUCUACUUAGCAAAUUAUAUUAAGCGGUCACCGUUCGUAAGAGAAACAGCGCUAGGGUUGUGGGCCGAUAUGUUUAUUUUAUAAAAAUUAUUGGAAAAAGAUAAUUAAAAUAUAUUUUUGAAAAUUACUCUUCUUUGGGGUUUUGACUGAAAGACUCGGAAAAUGAAUCCAAAAAGUGUUCAAAUAAAUGAUUGUAUUAUAUUUUAGAAUAUUCAUUUUUUUUAAAAUUAAUUUUAUGUGUAAACACGUUUUCACAAGGUUACUUAACGUUCUGUAAUACUAACUAGUUGAUAGUACACACCUAUAUACGAACGUUCUUGUUUUAUACCAAUACUCACUAUCGGGUCCUUAUGAUAUCAAAGCAUAUUGAAAUGAACUACCCACCUUAGUUGAAAAGCAUCAGGAAAUCCCUCGAUUAUUUAGCCAAAGCAUCGAAGAUUGAAGGACGUAUUUUAGUGUUAGAAUACCGUGGCGUAUGAAGACGUAAUAUUCCCUUGGAUGUCCGGUAAGUAAAGUUCAUUAAUGAUGGUUUUGGGGUACAUUUUUUGAUGACUGUCAUAUGCGUCCAAGGAAAAACAUUGUGUAUACGAUAGUGUUAAAUCUCAAUGUCCACAGUUUAUCUCUAUUAACAAAAAUAUUGAGCUAAAGAGUAUUAAAACGACUAAUAUUAUAUUCUCUUUAUUAACUAAAUUCAAGAGAAGCAGUUAAAAAACGAGCUAUUCAAAUUUACGGAGGAAGUAUAUAAAUCAGGAGUCAUUUUUAAAGACUUCCAGAAAAGUAUUAUCAUCUCAAUACCAAAAAAGGCAACCGUAGACAAAUGUGAUGACUUCCGUACACUAAGCCAUAUAGCCCACUCUGCAAAAAUACUAGUAAAAGUCAUAUGUAAAAGAAUGGAAAAUAAAAUAGAAGAGCAACUAGGGUGUGACCAGGGUGGCUUUAGAAAGAAUAAAGGGACAAGAUAAGCAAUAUUAAAUCUCAGAAUACUAACAGAGAAGCAGUUAGAGUUGAAUAAAGACACGCUGAUUGCCUUUGUGGACCUAGAAAAGGAAUUUGAUAUAGUGAGCUGGCAAAAGUUAUUCCAGACUCUACAGCAAAUAUGAGUGGAUUACAAGGAUAGACUAUUAAUACACAAUUUCUACAGACACCAGACAGGUGAAAUUAGAAUAAUAGAUAAAUCUGCAACGGAAAAAAUACGGAAAGGCACUAGGCUUCGAAACGCAGUGCUGUCGGAGGAUGCUAAAAGUUUGCUGGACUGAGUUCCGUGCCAAUGACAGCGCACUUAAUAAAAUAGAUGAACCUAGAGAGUUAUCAAGAUAAAUCAAAGAAAGAAGAUGGAGACUAAUUGAACAUACCUUAAGACACGAGAAGUAACGAGAAUAUUGGAAAAACAAACAUAAGGCAAAAGAGACGGAGGACGUCAUAGAACAACGAUAAUCAAAAAAGUUAAUGAAAGAAUGGCCGUAACAGAGAAGAGUGGAGGGACUAUGAAAGAAUGCUGUAAAAGUAACUUUAGGAUUGAUUCCUAAAGAAGAAAAUUGACUAAAUUAUAUAUUAGUUAUUUAUUUUAAGACUUUAACAUUUUUUUUCAUAUGAUUAUUAAUAUGGUCCUCAGCAGUGGAAUAAUGAGAGUAAGCAGUGAUAUUGGACUAUCACAUAUUUAUUCCCACCUAUUACUCAACCUUUAGAUAGGUUCAUGGUAUCUGCCUCAAUUACACAAAAAAAAAAAAAAUUGUAUUAUUUUAUAUUAAUCGUAUUUUCAUCAUAAUUUUUAGAGAAAUAUCACAGUAAUGUGUUUACCGUUUCGGAUAAAAAUAAUAUUCGUUUUUUAUUUGUUUAUGAAAACACCGAGAUAAACAUUAAUAUUUCGUUUUUAUUUAUAUUUUAACUAUUACUAUCACUAUUGAUAUUUGAACUCAGUAUUUGAUUUUAAGAGGAGUCAAAGAAGAGGAAAAACAUUAAGUUUAAUAUUUUCGAAAGUGAAAUCUUACGUGAAAAAUAAAAAAAAUAUAUGUUUUAAUCGAAAUAUAAUACUACGAUUUUUGUCUAUUAUGUAGAUACAAUUUUGUUUACGAAGCGAAAAUGUUCGAAAAUUUGCCAUAAAAAUAGGUUCAUCAUCAAACUGUUUAAAAAUAAGAAUAAAUUAAAAAAACAAAUUAUUAAAUUAGAAAGUCCAAUGCCAACUGUGGAAAAAGAAGACGGGUUCAUCAAGUUUAUUUGUUGAAUGUUUAUUUUAUUUAGCUGCAUCGGAAAAACCGAAAAAAAUCGCGCAAAAAACAACUGAAUAUGAAGAGGAAUAACUUAAUAAUGUCCGUCUAAUCUAUGGACAAAAACCCGACAGUAAAUAUUAUGGGUUAGCCAUUAGGUUAUACUUACAAGACAUUCGGAAUGUAUAUUUACUCAACAGUCACCAGCUCAUAGUGGUUACUGGUGACUGGUAGAAGAAAUUUGGAUUUUAUUACCGGUGGUCCCCAAUCACGGUCCGUAUCCCCUAUUUUGUUUUUGUUCUUGUCAAAUUAAAAAUUUCUAGUUAUUUCUUGUACGCUCUUUUUUUUAAUUAUUGUUAAUAUUGGUUCUUGUUAUCAUUAAUUUUUUUCCAGGAUAAGGGACCUGUAAUUAAAUUAUAAAUAUUUGUAUUUAUUACUAAAACUAAUAUCGUUCAUGAACAUGAUUAAAAAUAACUAAACAUAGUGAAGAAUAGUAGAUACCUAGGUUAUUUUGUUAUUUUAAAGAACAUAUUUUGGAUGAUAAUUUGUAAUUAGGACCAUCCUUAGUCCAUAAAAUAUAUUAAACUCACUGCUAUUAUACUACCUACUUAUACGUAUAUUAUUAACAUAUGGCUUACACCUAUUUAUUGUACUCACUGUCUUCAGAAUUGACAAUUUUGACAAUUGACUAUACAUUAUUUAUGUUGACGUUUGGGUUUCCUUCCCAACUACGACGGAUUGGUCGAAGUCUUCUGAAUCCGAUAAAUUGUUCAAAAUACUCAUGUUUUAUGAUAUUAAUUAGUUAUACACGAACAAUAAAAUAAACAAAAUAAGUAUUAUUAUUCCCGCCUGAAAUUCGAAUACUGUAAUUAAUGUAGGGGUAACAUUAUUACAGAAUGUUGCAGUGGGGAAGCGAACAGUCUCAUCCUAUUAGCAAUAUGGUUACGAAAAUCGUGAACGGCCAAUUGUCCCCGUUACCGUACAAAUUUAUCUAAUCGUUAUUAGUUACGAUUUUAAGGGGAAAUGUUCACCAGUUAUACAUUCCGAUUAUCAUUGGUAUAAUUGCUACAAUUAAUAAAAUAUUUGUAUGGUACUCCAAGAACAGAACGCAAUAAUCGAAUUGGCAAAAUAAAAUAAUUGGGACUAUACCUAAUAAGACUUAAAUAAAAUUAACAUCUCUUGUAAUUAUUGAACUCAGCCUAACACGGAGAGGGCUUAUUCUAUUACACCCCCCUUACACCAAUUUUCAAACAUAAUUCAACAAUUACAUUAGGUUUAAUUUUUUAUUUGAUUUAUUUUAUUUAAUAUUUAAUAUUUAAUAUUGUUUAGUUGGUACAAUGAGAAGGUAUUUUUUUUUUUUGUAGUUUUCUUAAUAAUGGAGGAUCCACAAAUCGAAAAGAUUACUUAAUACAAAUUAUUCAUCACUUAAAAAAAAAAAUUGUUUGUUAACAAACAAUUACUUAGUUACGCGUAGAAUUAACAACAUUUAUCGGAAACGAUAAACCAAUGCUAACGAAAUGACAAUUCUGAGCGGAGUUCAGUUGAAAGUGUUGCUUUCUCAAUAACAUAUUAUACGUCAUAAUAUGGUAAAAUAUGUGUCAAAUAUUUUUUUAAAUAAUGUUUGUUUCAUAUUAUAUCUGUUUUCCUGUUUUACCGGUUUCCCUAUUGUUUUCUUCUGUAUUUUUAGCAUUUUUUGAGAAAAUUCCUGAGAAAAUAAAAAAACGACUUCCUUAAAGUACCUCCCCAAUCAAAUUUCCUUUCAGAAAAAGUGCUAUCAUUUUAAAUCGAGCUAUAUUUCCUAUAUUUCUGGUAUAAACGGUGUUCACAGAUAAAAAAAAAAAAAAAAAAACACUAUUGUAAUACCAUAAACUUUUUUGCUCCACUUAGAAUAUAAAAUUAAGUUUAUAUCAUUCUAAAGUAUGGAUAGAAAUAUAAUUUUAAACCGAUAUAUUUUUUUAUUUGUUAUUUUUUGAAUUUUCAUUAAAUCUUAAACUUGUUAACAUAACUUUAUGAGAACUUUUCCCAAAUCAGGUUUUAUUCAUCUUUUGAAGAUAAAAAAACAAAAUCGCCCUUUACCAAAAAAAAAAACUUCAGUAAUAAAGUAUUCAACAAAUUUCACGAAAAUAUACACAUAUAGGUAGUACCUAGUGACAUUUUUCGAAUUUGUAUCAUUUGAUAAUUAUUUUUCUGGAUUUGGUGUUUAUAAGUUUAUCAAUAACGGAACUUAUAGCCAUGAGAAAUGUUUGUACUUAAAUGUUCCAUUAAAAACAACAAUGUAUAAAAAUAUCACUGAAUACCUUUUAAAUGUUUAUUCUUGUCUUAUUUUUUUUUUCUUAUAAAAUAUUAAAAUUCUUAAUAAAUUAAAACUUAAAUAAUAUACAGACUGACGCUCUUAAAUACUAAAUAAAUUUUAUCUAAACAUGUCACGCCAGAAAUUUCGUUCAUAAUCAUAUUACAUAAUAUUAUUUCUGUCUAAUUACAACCGGCCUCCGCAUAUUCAUAUAACGGCAAUUUGUUUUAAUUAUAAUAAACUUAAAAUAGCGACUGAUUUAUGUUUCAUAAUAUUCGGCUAUAAAUUAUUGUUAAAAUAUAAUUUAAAGGAAUAUGAACAAUAAUAAUUUAAAAACUUCGUCCCUUAAUAAUUUUUAAUAAGACAAACGCCUAAGUUUGUCUAGUUUUUACAAUUUGAAUCGCACGUCUUGAAAAAAAAUACCUUCUUCUCCAAAAAACAAAAACGGCCUCACAAGACCAUCCUUCAUACAUUUAUAGUCUCCUUCUUAUUAGUUCAUGUAUAUCUAUCUUAAAUACAUCUUCAUACCUCAUUAUCGCUCUCCGAAUGGUUAUUUACCCAGUCAGAUUUUUUUUAAGCACCACUUGAAGUAAUGGGUAUCAACUUCUCCAGGAGUGCCUUGACUAUUGUAAUCUCUUAAUUCUGAUGGCUUUGACGACGUUCUUCAGUGUUUCUAGUUCCACUCAUUGUUCUUAAUAUCUUUAACUGAUUGAAACAUUUUUCUCAGGAUUUCUCCAUCAAAGAUUACUUUCGUCGUAUUAAAACAUAUAAUAAUACGUAUACAUGUAUAAUAUUUUCAAGUAUAAUUCGUUAAUUUUUUUAUUGAUGUUCUCCUUUCUGUAUUUAGGUCAUCCCUUGGCUGCAUAAUAUCUGUUCUCUAUCUUGUUCUCAAUUCCAUUAAUUUUUCCUAUCUCCACACAUGUCUAGCCCAUUUCUGUUUAGUACUUUUGAGGACUUCUUUUAUUCCUCUUUUCCGAUAUUGUUCUUUCACUUACUCGUAUUUGUUAUUCUCUUCUGAAUUUUAUUGAAACAUUUUUCCGGAUCAAGAAUUUGUCUUGAUAAUUUUCUUUCCAAAACGCCUAAACGUUUUUCGUCCGACUUUGCCUUUACUCAUUAUUUGCAUGCAUAUAAAAUAUAAAGCCAAUACCUAGCCUAACUAUUCUCUUUUGAAGCAUCAUUUUUGUUUUUGUCUGAAAUUGUGUACUUCAAAAAUGGCCUCAAUUUAGAAUUUAUUAUUUACAGCAAUAAACUAAACAUAUUCGACAACUAAUAAAUUAAAUUAUAAAAUAAUAAUAAGAUGAGAGUGUUUAUUAAGUGUUAAGUUUAUUCGAUUUUUCUGAGUUCAAGUAUAACAAAGGAGAUACUAGUUUUACUAAGAUGUGUAUUUUUAUUUUAUUUUUUUCUCAAAACGCAUUUAUGGUUAUCAAAAAUAUUGUGACUUUCUAUGUCGUACCUUAAAAGAUGCCUAUUUUAGGUAUUUACUUUAUUUAAAAUAUUUUUCAAAAAUCGUUUCUUACGUUUUUUUUUUUUUUUUUGGUUUAGCAAAUGCUCCAACUUUGCAUAAAGUCCCUCAAAAUAUAUGAAAUUUCUGCCCGAUAGUACUAUGAAUAUUUAUCAACAUUUUUAGUUGUAUUCUUUUUAGAUCCUUUAUUAUAUAAACUUUAUAUAUUGAAUCCUUUUUUUUUUUUUAAUUUCUGGAUCACCUUGGCUGCAAUGAAAUAACCACGAUUUAGAAUUUUAUUUUGUUAGCAAUAAUUUUUUGUUGCUAUUAUAAACUAGCGUAUAAACCAAACUACCCCUAUCUUAUACCUUCUACACUUCACACCUGUAAAAGUUACCUAUCCAACAUUGUACUUUAAAUAAUUUUAAUCAGAUUUCGUAUAAAUAUAUAACUUAAAUAUUUACAUAAAAGUCAAAGAAAUCUCCUAAAAUAAUAUUUGCUCAUAAAUAUAUCGUAUCUCAUAUAAUUUGGCAACGAUAAUCAUGUGAAACGCUUAAACCUAGCGCGAUAAAUCAUUUUAAUGUCGUAAAAAAUUAUUUUUAAAAAAUUAUAUCACUGGUUUAACAAGCAGUAACGCUUGUUGGAGUAGUUAAAUAUAAUAUUUUUAAACAUUUUUGAGUUUUUUUUUUUUAUCCAAAAAUUAUAAUACAAAGGCAUUGCAUAGAAAUUUGUAUUAUUUUAUUUUUUAUUUUUGUAUACAAAGUUAGUGAUGUUCAAAUAUUUAACCAGCCGUGGUAUUUCGGAACAAAUAAUUGCUUCAAUGGUAUUUUUUUUUUUUGAUUAUUUUGAUUGUAUUAUAUCAUGUAUAAUGAAUACAAAAAAAAAAAAAAAAAAAAAAAAAAAAUAAUCUCAUUGUGGUUUAAUACUACACAUCACGAGUAAUAGUAAGUAUAUUAUGGUAUAAUGAUAAUAUUUUGUUGAACUAAAUUGAAAUAAAAUAAUAUUAUUUUAUCGUUUUGCGAACAAUGAGGAUAUUUUUGCGUUUUAUGCAAAAUGAAAAAAUGGUUAUUCCAUUUUAUGUCAAAAUUAUUGUUUCAGCGUUUUAAAUCAUCAAUGAUUUCUAAUUUCCGAAUGUGCAUACAAAGUGCAUUAUUUAUCCUGGUGCUCUAGAACAAUGUGUUCUGAAUGCAUAAUUCGAUUUGUAUAACAGCUAACUAUUUGAAAAGUGAAAUUUAUAUUUUUCACAUUUCCAUUUUAAAAAUAUUUAAAGCGUUUUAAAGUUAUUUUGACAACUUAUAAUUUAUAUGACUACCUAUUCAAUACAAAAUACACGAUUGAUUCUUUUCUCUUCAGAAUCAUUUUUGAAUUGUAAUAAUUUACUGUUGAUAUCAGUCUAUAAAUAAAACUCAGUAUAAGAUUAAUUACAUAUAUUUUGAACUAUUCACCCACUUUAGUUGACAAACCCAUGGAACGAAUUCACAUUUUGUUUGUGUGUAUUUGCAUGACAAUUUAAAACUGUUUUUUGUUUUCAUUUUUGGAAACAGUUCAUUAAUUUUAAAUACAUAAUAAGACCUUUCUAUUGCAUUUUCUGAUAUUUUUCAUUUUUAGAAUAUUUUUUAAUAGCGAAAUUUCAACAAAAACGAUUUGUGGUUAUUUUUAAAGCGGUUUCCUAUUCUAUAAAUAAUUCGUUGAAAAUUUCGUGAUAAUUUCUAGAUAUCCAAAAUCUUAUUUCAUAAGCAAAUUAUUAUUAUUCCAAAACUAACGUCAACAAAUAUCGUCGUUUAUGAUUUUUCACGCUGCGUCGAAAUUAUUACUCGUAUAAUAAUAAUGUAGAUGUUAAAAACGAACCGAACCAGACUGAUUUUUCUUGUUCGUCCGAUCGAUCGGGUGUACCUACUGAAAAAUGGCAUUUCGUUUUGCUCGCUAACACAAACCGACUUGUAAGAACAUAUACUACCAGACUACCUAAUCCAUUAUUAUCGCGAGUGCGUUGUAAUUACCACGUCUCGGGAAAGCGUGUUCUCUAAUAUUAUAUAGCGCGUAGUGGACCUAUAAUAAAUCUAUUGAUUUUACGACAAGUAUAUAGGUACCUAGUGUAAAUUCCUCCCCCCCCCCCAAUACUGCUUCACUCGUGCUAAACGCGUUAAGCGAGUUGUUAACGACGCGUGUCCCGUAGGUUAUUUCACAUAUUAUAUUGCGAGUACGUAGUUGAUCGGAAAUUACCCGAAGAUUGAACUAUACACGGCCGGUUAGAUAUUAGAAUUUCGAAUUUUCUGUUGUUUCCAAUCAAAUUAUAAUAAUAAAUAUGUUGUAACGAAUCACUAGAUUGUCAAUUAUUCUGACUAAAUCUGCAGCCAAAUGCAGCCUUGAUAGCCAAAUGAGAUACAUAUUUUUUUUUUUUUAUUAACUAACCCGUGACUAAAAUAAACAGAUAUGCCAGCAAAAUGUUUGUCCUUCGUAUGUUCUGGGUGCCUCAGACUCGAAAUAAAUAAUAAACUCAAGAACGAAUAAAUGAUUUGAUAAAAUGUAUUUAUAGUAAUCACGGUUAUGACACGGAAUUAUACCAAGUCUAUGCAUGAAUUCUAUUGUAAAAUAGGAUGAUAAAUAGGAAUAUAAUGUAUAUCUGUAAGCAACAAUAUAAAUCAUUGCUAAUGAAAAACAAUUCUGAACGGAGUUCAGUUGAUAGUGGUGCUUAGUCAACAAUAUAUAUAUGUCAUUUCGUAGUAAAAUAAUUAAGUGGCUUAAUUUAUUUUUUUUAAUAAAAUUUGUUUAAUGUUCUACCAAUUUUCCCAGCUUUCUUACGAUUUUUUCGGUAUUCCCAGGUUUUACCCUGGGUUUUUUUUACAUUUUAUGGAAAAACUCUAGGGAAAAUCAAAAAAUGAACACUCUAAAAUACCUCUUUUGUAAAAGUAUCUUUUAGAAACACUGCUAUCAUUAAAAGUUGGAGCAAAAUUGCUGGCAUUGUCCACUAAAAAAAAAAAAAAUUUAAAAAAACUUCUUAUAUCAUACUAGGAAUGAAAUUAGCAGUACGAAAUUUAAUGUAGAAUAUUUAAAAAAGAGAGCUUCCAAAAAUUACAACAAGUUUCUAAUAAUGUCCAGCACGUUUAUUUACUUAUUAAAUAAAUGGCUUAUUAAAUUUUAACAUUGCUGGUUUUGUUUAAAAGUUCUUCUAAUAAUGUAAUAGCAACUUUACGUUCAUAAACUUUCCCCAACUUCAAGCUACAACAGAAGUGGCUCAUCGAUUACAGUAUGAGCUAUAUUUUUAAAAUUUGUUUUACUAAUUGUAUUGUUUUUUUCCCCGACAAUAUAGAAUCUACAAAGAAGCCGUCCGACAACGUCAGGCCCUAUCACGGACGUCUAGUAAUAUAAUUCUAAACAGUAUACACCAACAUAGAAUCCAACACUACAGCCACAGACUGCGGCCACCGGAUAGCGAAAUGCCCAAUGGAAACGGUGAGUAUUUUAAAAACACAUUUUUACUCGAAAAUAUUGGUAUUUCGUCGAAUAUUUCUUUCGUCCGUUAUUAUAGGUAUAUUUUGUUAUUAACCAUAAAACCUGUUAUAAUAUACUCGAGAGUCCGUCUCGGUAUCUGGAUAUGUCCGUCGAAAAUGUCAACGCGAAACUAUGAUGCGUUACAUAUUAUAAUCAUCGAUCGUCCGGAAAACUAGAUGAGGACGAGUAUAUUGUUAUAU